GCUGUUGGCCCAGAGCCUCAGAUCACAUAACGAAGAUAUAUCCUCAGGAGGUUUUACAGCUACAGUACAUUUACCCAUCUUUUCGUGAGCACUCACAUUACAUCAUGCUGAAUAUACACAGCCCUGCCUGAACACUGAGGCACUGCUGCUGCUGGUUGAGUCGACUGAAGUGAUGGAGCCAGGCGUGUAGUCUCGGCGCUGAAAGAGUUAAUGAGCUGUGGAGGAGAGCCUGCUGAAGCUGCCAUGGAUCCACCUUCAGAGAGAUGCGGCGCCUCCUCACACAGCUGACCGGGGGGGAGCACAGGUAGUCCGUCCGGCGUACUUGUUGAUCUUCUGGGCGAACCAGCAGAGCGAAAUGCGGAGCAGGAAGCCGGCUGGUGGGCAGUAGAUGUUGACGGUGUCUCUGCCAUGUCGGAGGCAGAAGAAGGGGACAUGGAUUGGGUUAGACCCUGGCAAUUGUAAACCAAUAACAGAGCCUGCUUUUUUGUUUUUUUGUUUUUUUCCUUUUUGAUGCUUCAUCUCCGUGUGUGCCUGCCUGCGGAUUGAUCGUUCACAGAGCGGUACGUGCUGAUUUGAUAAUGACAACAACUCUCUACGGUAUAUUUCAAAGCUUAUUUUAGCCUCUACUCUCUUGAUCAUGUGUAACUAUACCUACUGUAAAUGAUAGUCAGUGUUGUGCAGCUUUACUGUGCCUUGAAUCCGAACCAUUAUGGGCCAGGCAGCCUCUGAAAACAGAGAAAUGCCUAACGAUGGAGGAUUUGCAUCCACAACAGUGCUGUUGCAGAUGACUGAACCUCACUGAGCUUGUACCAUUAUCAUCAUGAAGCACAGUGUUUGCACAGGUAGACGUGCUCUUUUUAUCUUAUCUUUUUGUUGCAAACAUUGACUUUAGUAUAGGAAGAGGGUGGAGGCUUCCUCAAAUUAACAUUUAUAUUUUCUGCCUUCCUGCAGCCAGUUACUGCAUGUGCAAGAAACGACAUAGCACAAUCUGAUUCACUUGUACCACGUUCUUUGUCCAUUCUUCUUUUUGCAAGUGCUUUGUUUUGCAUACUCAGGUACAGAAUGGGCCUGAGGUGUGUUUGUGAAGUAUCUGAAACUUUGUGUGACAUUGAUCAAUGAUUAUAACUGCAGGCCUGGGGUGUUUUUUUUGGCUUCCGCAAAGUAAACAAAAUGAAAGACCAAGAAAAUUAAGAAAAAAAGAAACAUGCAGCUCCUGCCAUGUCUGCAGCCACAAAUGGAUCAAAACUGUUCGACCCUCUUGAGGGGAAGAUGUGGGUUAUUUAUUUUCAGCCUUUCUCCCUAGGGGAGCUCAGGGAGUGAGCAGCACUUCCUGGUGUUUCAGCACCAUUAGAGUGGACAGCAUUCACAUUGGACCACAAUUAUUACAGCGAUGGUGUUCUGGCUGUCCACCCACUGUACCCUUAGCAAUUAAUGAGGGUCACAUGAGCAUUGAUAAACCAAGUUGGUCUGUGUUCAGAGAGAGGAAAGAAAUCAGUUUAGAAGAUGAUCACAUCAUGCCUAGCCCAUGUUCACGCUUGAAAGAAUGGUUGCAGAUCUGGGUUACAGCUUCAGCAUGCCAUAAGUGUAACAAAGAUUGGUCUGAGACUGUUUAAGUGUAUAUAGCCGUCCAUGUUUCCAAACAUUCUUCUGGCAUCUUGUUGAUCUGAAGGAGAGUCCAUGUAGGGUAAGAAUAAAAGAGAGCAUAUUUUAAGGAGCAUUAGUUGAUAAAGAGAGACCAUAUAGGGGAUCGCAACAUAUUUUGGGAGACCAAGUGAUGUCGACAAGGUCCAUGCUAAGGAUGGUUGUCGGAGGCUCCAGGAAUCUAACACCAAAGUAUUCAGGGUAUUUGAGUGACACCGCUCCACCACCCUAGAGGAUGACAUGACUGGCUAAAGAAAAUACUCCUAACACCAACUCUUUAAAGGGAUAUUCCAGCGUAAAAUUAAUUUAGGGUUAAACACGUCAUAACACCGAGUUAGACACCCCCUUGAGAGAUGAAUGUUGCCGUCCACUUGCUUCUCUAGUUAUAACAACUUUAGUAACGACCGCACGAUAGCAAUACGCAGCGGUCUGAGGAGCCAUAAACAAACCUCAACCAAAACGCAGCCGCUUGUUUGUAAUGAGCCCUCGGUUCAGUCCAUUACGGACUGCUGCGGGGUGACACAGCUCAAGGAAGAACAUUUAUGAUAAUUUCUUCAAAGAAAUGCAAUCAGACCGAGAUGCUAAGGCAGAAGAACUACCGCAUCUGCAGUGCAAAAUGAUUAAUAUGAUGAUUAUUACUUCAAGGAAAUGAUAAAGUCAAGAUCAUAAAUGUUCUUCCUUGAGCUGCGUAACCCCGCUGCAUUUCACGAGCGGCUGCUGGAAGAGAGUAGGUGAGUUGUGUUUAGUCUCUUUGCUAAAGAAAUUAGGCAAAGUUAAAAAGAUGUUUGGUGGCUAGUACUAUGGCUGGGACCCUGUAUGUCCUGUUGAUUAAGUUAGGUGCUGUUCUGAGCAUUAUUUGUGGCUAUAGAGUGGCGUUUUGUUUGAGGUUUGUUUAUGGCUCCUCAGACGGCUGUGUAUUGCUAUCGUGCGGUCGUUACUAAGGUUGGUAUGACUAGAGAAGCAAGUGGUCAGCAACAUUAAUCUCUGGAGGGGGUGUCUAACUUAAGGUGUUACGGUGUGUUUGACCCUAAAUUAAUUUUACACCGGGAUAUCCCUUUAAGGUGCUCUGGACCAUAUGAGGCAUUCAGGAAGAGAUAUUUUCUCAGUAAUAAGAAAUUAAUUCUUCCAUCACUAUUUUGACUUUCUUCCAAUCUGCUCUUCACAGUAAAUUUAAACCAGUCACUGCAGCGGACAUGUCUCAAGAAGGAAAAGAUGGUACCAGUUUUGUGUAGAGUUUUGAUGUAAUCGCUUUUUCAUUAGUCAGCGGCAGAGCGAGAUUAUCAAUAUAUCAAUCACUUAUCGAAAUAAUUUUUCUGUUUAACCCUGAACAGAAAUGUAUGAUUCUGGGGACUCUGAGGUAUGAGUCAUCUCCAAAACCCACAAUGUGAGGUUUUGUUUAGAAGUAUUAAAAGCUAUCUUAAAGAAGAUGACACAGUAAAGUAUGUGAUAACACCAGUAAGUAAGAUUUAUAUGACCCAAAAUUCAGGACCUACAAAACCUUUAAACUAGCUGUGUUCAGUUCUUGUCUUGAGGACCAUACAGAUCCAUUCUUGGUCUUCAGUCUGAUCAAGUUUGAACAGAUUUUUGAUGAGAAGCGUGGGAAACUCUAUUCAGUGAAGCUGAACAACGUGCUUCCGUUGGUGACAAUGUAUUAUUAAGUCUGGAUUCUAUUAUUUACCCUUUGUAAAAUCUCUAUACUGCAUGAGUGAGUCACUGCAAGAUCCCCCAUCCAUGGGUGGGUUUAUUUUCUAUUUUUAAAAGAGUUAAAAUAAGAAUUCAUCAGAUCAUUAGAUUCUGUAAUACAAGAAAUUGAGAGAGAAAUGUCCAAACCAGAGUGGGGUUAAUCUGUUUGGUAUUUCUCUACUCUGGGACUUUUCUAGCAAGUGUGUCUGAAUGCUGGUCUUCAGCUGCCUGCUGGUUUGCAUAUUUUUCCAAACUUUUGGCUGGAUAUCUUUUUCACAGUUCUUAAAAGGCUCCCAAAUUUCAGGCAUAUCAGGGUUAUUUUAAAAACCUUUUGUGGUCAAAACAAAUAACAGGAUAUGGAAACAGGGUUAAAGACCCUUUGGUUCCUUUUGGCCCAGAUCUCCAUGUAUCGUAUCUAAUGCGUGAUGUAUAGGCUUUGACAUCAGUGGUAGAUACUACAAAGACUUAUAUGCUUUCUUCUGAUCCUACAGAUAUUCUAACGUCAAGUAAGAGGAUCUGCUGCACUCCAUAGCCAAAAUGUUUGCCUCAUUGCUCCUCGAACCUAAAGUCACCAUGGAGAAAUCCUUGGCUGAACUGAACAAAACUGCCUCCCGUUCCACAUCCUCACUGCCGCCUGAACCGGUGGACAUCCUGCGAAGCAAGUCAUGUUUUCGCAGAGUCCGGCUGAAUGUGGGGGGUCUCCCCCAUGAAGUCCUGUGGCGAACGUUAGACAGGCUUCCACGAACACGUCUGGGAAAGUUAAGAGAUUGCAACACCCAUGAGUCUCUGAUGGAGGUGUGCGAUGACUACAACCUGGAGGAGAACGAGUAUUUUUUCGACAGACAUCCAGGGGCGUUCACGUCGAUCCUGAACUUCUACCGCACGGGUAAGCUGCACAUGAUGGAGGAAAUGUGCGCUCUCUCGUUCAGUCAAGAGCUGGACUACUGGGGCAUUGACGAGAUCUACCUGGAGUCUUGCUGUCAGGCGAGGUACCACCAGAAAAAGGAGCAGAUGAACGAGGAGCUCAAAAGAGAGGCUGACAAUUUGAAAGAUAGAGAGGGAGAAGAAUUCGACAAUACUUGCUGUGCAGAGAAACGGAAGAAGCUCUGGGAUCUCCUGGAAAAGCCGAGCUCAUCUGUUGCAGCAAAGGUAAUUGAUUGGCUGUUUUUUGUAGGCUAACAUAUUGGUGGGUUAUUGGUUGGGAGAAUCCUUCACUUGCAAGAUGGUGUCUUGUCCAGACCAACUCUUAGAAUAAUCAGUAGAAUAUUAAAAAUGUUACAUAUAAAAUUUAAACAUGUAUCUACAGACAUCAGUGCCACCCAGUCAGUCAGUACGUUUACAUGACACUCGAGAAAACCAAAAUUUUGCCUCACUACGAUUAAGACCGGACAACUGAAGUGCAUGUAAACACCUUAGUCCAACUAUAAUCAGAGUUUGAGAACACCGAUUGGAGUCGGAGAACUCCGAUAAGACACCCAGAUCGGAAUUCAGUUUUCUCUACCAUGGAACCAGCGUAAUCGGAGUAUGAUUGGACAAUGCAUGUGCGCCACGUCCCCGUAACCCCAGAACAAAAUCACCAGAGAAGAGGUGGCACAAGGAGUAGCGUGCACCUCAUCUGCAGAAAAAGUAGCGCGUACAUCAUAUACGACAAAAACAACGCUGUACAAUACUCCAUCUUCUUGCUCGAAAAAGCCCAGCAGCAGUUGUAGCCACUUCUGACGUCUGGCACGGAUCUGCUGUUGUUGUUGACAGUUGUAUGGGGUCAAACAGAAACAGCGCCGCUGAAAAGACCCAUAUCGUUCCCUAGUUUUGGUGAGGAGGACAUAUUCAUGUCAAUAAUUCGAUUUUCUCAGCUUCAUGUAUACGCAGACAAGGAGAGAAGUCCAGUUCGGUGAAAAGAACGAAUUAUGAGCUGAGUAUGGUUAAGCUGUGCAUGUAAACGCACUGAGUCAGUCAGUCAAUUCUAGACUGAAAAUCUUAACUUUGAAAUUCACAUACGUACGUCUUCAUGCGUUCCUACAAUCGUGGUUCUAAAGGACAAAGUAUAAUGGCUCUGGUGAUUCUUCCAUUUUAUUAAAUCACAGUGAUACUCAAACAUCUCCACCAGUGCUGCCCUCAGGUCAGUUCUGAAUCUUCAGUACUUUGAUUUUCAGCCACAAGCAAAACAAAUUAAAGUCCUCCUGUUAUCCUCGGCUUAACAACGGUCAGAAAGAGAACUCACAAGGUCUUAAGCCACCCCUGAUAAGGGAUGAGCCUUCUGUUCAUUUUCUGAUGAAACUAUUAAUGGAGUGAAAAACUCAGCUGUAUGAGACGACAUCUAUAUGGCAUUUACUGUAUUAUCUAUAUAAGAAACAGUCAUAGUUUCAUUUAUGUAAUAACACUCCUGCAACUUGACCGUUGAUCAUUGCUGCGUUGUUGUGGGAUUUGUGUACAUGUGUUUUGUGAGUGCAAUUGAAUGCGCAGAAGAGAAUAAUCAUAUGUUUAUCCUGCAGUUUCUAGUUUUCCUGUAAAUAAGUGUCAAAGUGGAAUACACCAGGCUUGUGCUUCUCGGCAAGUGAUAGUGUAUGAUGUCAGUGGCUGUGAUCACAGAUGGCUUAUUCCAGUACUGUGAAUGCCACCAUGGCUGAAACAUUGUGUUGCAACAAAUGGAGAAUAAUGAGGAUAAGUGAAAAGAAGAGGACUGUCUGAAGGGGCGACAUAAAUGUAGCUUUACAUUAGCUUAUAUCGGACACACCGUUAAAGCCAUACGCCUCAGCUGUGAUUAGCGGACAGGCUGCUGAUUGAAUCAUUGUUUCCAAUCACGUACAAACCAACCGCAGCCCAUACUGGCAGCAUGACGGUCUAUUCAAACAUGUCUUCUCUCUCGCUGAUCCUUGCUGCAGCUCACACUCGGUUGCUGCAUGCAAAGCUUUCCCUCCAUCACUUUUCGAGUCGAAAAACUUUGUUUUCACCUUUUGUUGGGUUUAUGAUUCGCUUCUGGAAAGCUUUGUUGUGGUAUGUGACCAACCCAUGGAGCAUUCUUUUGAAAAAUAGAUAAAUAGAUUUAAAAAAGAGCCUCUUUUUAUAAGCCAAAAAAAGAAAGCUUAUCAGCUGACCACUAGGAAAAGACUUGAUGACAGAAGAUUAUUAUUAUUAUUAUCAUUAUUAUUAUUAUUAUUAUUAUUAAUUUUAUUUGUAGGGGCAGCACAGUGGUGUAGUGGUUAGCACUGCCUCACAGCAAGAGGGUCCUAGGUUCGAAUCCGGGUUAGGGCAUUUCUGUGUGGAGUUCGCAUGUUCUCUUUGUGUCUGCGUGGGUUUACUCCGGGUACUCCGGUUUCCUCCCACAUCCCAAAAACAUGCCUAAGCGGGGUUAGGUUAAUAGGCCACUUCCAAAUUGCCCAUAGGUGUGAAUGUGAGUGUGAAUGGUUGUUUGUCUCUAUAUGUCAGCCCUGCGAUGAACUGGCGACUUGUCCAGGGUGUCCCCUGCCUUCGAAGAUGCUGGGAUAUGCUCCAGCCCCCCCGCGACCCCGGGAAUGGGAAUAAGUGGUAGAAAAUGGAUGGAUUUUAUUUGUAGUGCCCUUUACAUCCAGAGACCUCAAAGGGCAACACGUUAAAGCAUCGAAAUGUCUCAGUAAAGGUAUAUAGAAAUAGGUUACUGGUUAAAAACAGGAGAAACAUCUCAUUCAAAGAGUAAAAGCAAGAUAAGUAGGUUUUAAAAAAUCUGUCAAAAGUUCGGCUAAAAAAAAAUGUUUUGAGGACUGCUAUGAUCUCUGUGUAAAUAACAUGAACAACUAAACAUGAAUAUUGAACAUCAUUAAAGAGGUUAACAAAAGCAGUGCUCAUGUGGUAAUGCACCAUGGACUUUUAGACCUACUAACACAUUUUUAAGACAUUUCCAGUUGCACAAAGUGGGUCACUCAGGACGCCUCCAUGUGUUGGGCUUCGGUGUUUGCUUUUGUUUUGAUCGCUCCAAGGUUGGAACACAAAAGUAAAGAGUGAAAAUAGCAGAAAAGGCCAGAGAAUGUGAUUUGUCUGUGUGGGAUGUGUGAGUUAUUAUCUGCCAUUACUGUUGUUGAAAGCAUGUCUUUGCUCACAGAUGAGUUUGGUAACAGUGAAAGCGGUUCUCUUCAUGCACAAUCGACCGUUUUUAAAAUAUGACACAAGGCUCAUUAUUUGCAGCUCUCCACUAAUGCGUUUUUCAUGCAACUUGAAACAAAAGUCCAUUGUUUAAUUAUUAAAUCAUGUUUCAAAAUAUGUCUGUUACUAGCACGCUGUCAUUCGAACACACACACUCACACACACACCAGCGUCAAAACACAGAUACAGGUGCAUCUCAAUAAAUUAGACUAUCUUCAAAAAGUUGAUUUCUUUUCGUUUUUCAAUCAAAAAAGUGAAACUCAUAUUUUAUAUGGAUUCAUCACACACUGACCGGUAUAUUUCAAGUGUUUAUUUCUUGUCAUUUGGAUGAUUAUAAUACCUAAAAUUCAGUAUCUCAAACAAACAAGCAUCUGACCCUUCAAGUUAUUCCAUUCAUCCCAGUCUUUAUGCAUCUUACCUUAGUGUUUGUGACAGCCCCACCCUGCGACAUCCAAGUGAAUAUGAGGUAUUCUGCUGGAGGGUUCUGCUGAGAUAUUGCAUCAUAUCUUAGUUUACAUAAACAAGUCAGAAAUUGUUACAGAUUGUUCAAAUCAUUUGGAUGCAUUGAUGCUAAGGGGGAUACCAUGAAGACGUUUGUGACUUGUCAUUGCACUGAUGAUUCUGAUAAACAAAUAGAGCACCUGAGAGAAAGGAAAGCAGGCAGGCCAAACCCAAGCAAAGUAAAGGAGAAGUGACAGCCCCACUGCAGCUAAAGUUAAGGCCCAUGUUGUUGUUUGUUAGUUUUAUGCACUAAUUAUUUUAAUAAAGAUUCACUACAGCCACUCAGUGAGUGACUGCUUUUAGCAUUUUUGGGUGUCCUCUUGCUCUAUCCCACUUCCCUCCAACAUCCGCUUGUUGGUUGUGAGGGACCAUCGUGUAUCCUGAUGCCUGUUAGUGAAAGCACAGCAUGAUUUUAUCAUUGUUCUGUGAUCGUUUAAUGUGACAGUGACAGAUUUGACUGACAGAGAGAUUGAGUAGUGUGACCCUUUUUGCUCUUUUGCCUCAAUUCAACUUGUCAAAGUUUGUCUAACGCUGACCAGAUUAAAAAGCUUAGUACCAGCAAAGAUUUCUGUAUAAUGGCAGAGAUAUGUGAAACUAACAACCAUUAAACUGUUAGUGUUGGUAAACCUGCUGUCUUUAAAGACACACUCCCAUAAAAAUCAUGUUUUUUUUUGUUGUCUACAUGUUCAUACAGCAUUUUUCUGAUGCAACAGGACAUAUCAUGAAAAAAAUACAUGCCAAGUUGCAUUUCUGAGUAUUUCUGCAUUCAAAUUGCUGUGAAUCUCUGGCAGACCCAAGCAGCAGGCUCAAAAAAGUGAGAUUUCCUACAUCACAACUCCAAGCUCCGCCCCCGCAGGCCAGACUCAGAGAAGUAGAGAGGACAAUUAUGGAACAAACAUGCUUUAGCGGAUUGCAAUGCUCGUAUUAAAACUAAUUAUGAUACUAGCUUUCAUUGUGUCCCCAAAGACAUUAGAUUACUUAGCCGAAUAAGUCCUAUGUUACUUGCAACUUUUACUACAUUGACAAUGUUAGGCUGCAAGCGAGCUUGAAGAGGAGUGUGCAGAGCAGCGCUGUCUUUGCACACGACUUAGAGAUGAAUUGUUCACAAUCUACUGGAGCUCUGCAGAAGAGAAGCCCUUGAAAAUAACACAGGUAACGUGAUUUUGGCUAAAAGCUUAAGACCACUGAGAACACUUUAAGUAGUAAGUUAAAAAAAACUAUUGGAGUGGGACUUUUAGGUUCACUUACAAGUGCUAUUAAAAAAAAGUCCACCAAGACAAAUAAUGAAAACUGAACUCAUGAGCAACAAAAAGUUUGCUUAUAGGUAAUAUAACAUAAGUUAAUGUAGAUAAACCGAAGAAAUCGACUAAAGUGCAUAAAAAGAGAAACUUAUUCAAGCAAAAAUAUACCUCAAAAACCCCACAGAGCUUUGUUGUAUUUCUGUACUUCAGUUUGGAAGUGGCAAAUCUGCAAAACCAAAAAAUGGCCACAUAUCUCUGCAUGUGCAAAACCAGGGGGGACCAGAUGCAGAGUCUCAAAUUUACAGAUUUUGUCCUUAUAUGGUUGUCAAUCAAAAUAUGUAUCCUUGAUGAGUUUAUGGUUAAAUAAUGUUUUAAAAAGAUGAUCAGGGUUACAUAACUGGAUAAAAUCAAUUAUAUGAAUACAUAUCACAUUCAUUUGUGUCAAAAUCUGUGUUUUCAGCUCAGAGUGAGAGCCUGACUCCACAUUGUGCUAUUUCCCCAUUGGAAAGCUGUGCCUGAGAGUGCUGACUUAGAUCAGGUAUGCAUACAGAGUUGGUCCUCAGCGGGCCUUUCAGAGAGCCACACCUGCAACCGCAACCUGGUCGACCACAGCAGUGUUAAGCACUUUCAGCCUUUGAUCACAACCUCCUUCACUGGAUUAAAGAGGAUGCUUUUUUUUUUUUUCAAGUAAUGUUUUAAGAGACACUGAAUGCUUUGUUUGGAAAUUGUAUAAGAAACUGAAAUGAAACUAUUAGUAGUUUCUGCUGUGUGAAGCUUUGCAGUGAGGAUUUGUGAGAACUGUCAGCGCCUCCUCUCAAACGGACAAAGAUGAGAGCUGGGAGUCUGUCAGUGAAAUGUCUUCUUCAUGAGAAUCAAAGGGAUGUAAAAUCAAUGUUUAUUGUGUUAGAGCUAAGAAAGUGCUGUAGCCUACAAAAAGGAGCUGACCACUCAGAGCCGAGUCGACCAUACGCUCCUUUCUCCAUUAACACGCCCUGAUGUCUUCAAUUUAUCAACAGAUCUCUGCAGCACAGUUUUCAAGUGCUUUUAACCCAGAUAGGAUCUCUUUGCUUUGAGAAAUGACACAGCACGGUGUGUGUGUGUGUGUGUGUGUGUGUGUGUGUGUGUGUGUGUGUGUGUGUGUGUGUGUGUGUGUGUGUGUGUGUGUGUGUGUGUGUGUGUGUGUGUGUGUGUGUGUGUGUGUGUGUGCGUACCGCGUCUGGAAAUAUAUACUGCAGCUCAUAUGAGGCAUAAGUGGAUGCAGAGACCGCCACUAAAAAAUAAAGGUUCAGGUCUUGUGAUCUGGCAUCAUUAUAAGGCGAGAUACAGUGGUGUACCACAAAUAAAAGCAACCUUGACACAGCAAGACGCCAAGUUUAUCAGCGGCUAAUUAGCUCAAAAGGGCAAUGUGAAACCACAGACCAAACAACUAAUAGCUUUGAUAGAGACUGAUGUAUCAUCUUAGCCUUUUUUAAUAGGCUUGAGCACAGUGUGGGCUUGUCGAGGUGUCCAGCUUUAACCGCAGUCUGAGCACAUCAGCUGUGUGCGCCUCUAUCCCAGGUCAAAACUGGAGUUGUAUGUGUAACAGGCCAUAAACAGAUGGCGAACGGUUGAGAUGAGCACAAAACAAAUGGUAACUAAGCAACAAAAGUGUAAUUUGGUCAUCUCUGAAGUAGCGGGUACUGAACAUUGGAGUCUAUUUGUUUGCAGUGUGUGCAAGGUUGUGUUGGCACUUCUGCUUUGUAACUGUAUUCUAAUGUCUGCACAGAGAAGCACAAGGGAGAACUAGUCAUAAAUGUAAUAUUUGCUUGGAUGUUCAGGGGGGAAGCCCGGAGUUGUUGCCUGUGUUCUUUCUGCUGUCCUUCCUGUCGUUCUUUCUUUCCCUGACUGUUUCAUAUCUCUGCUUCCUUCCUCCCCGUCUUCAGGCCCCUUCACGAUACCUCCGACUAAAUGUCAGGGAAAUGUCACAUUAAUUAUUUUCCAGGAGACUCCAGGCCCAAUUUGAAGCUUCCCUCUUUGUAUUUACCUUCUUUGUCAGCCAUGGCAUUGUCUGUGUCUCGCUCAAAUCAGAUUUGAGUCACCAUAAAAUAAGAUUGUGUCUGACCACUGGCAAAGCAGCUCUUUGCAGUCAAAUUGGCGCCGAGAGAAAAGCCUUUUUUUUAAACCUGCAGUAAAAUUUAUGUAACAGCAUCCUGGACUUGCCUGGUUUAAGCCAUUCAUAUCAUCAGAAAAUACCAAAGCGUAUUACUGCAGCUAUAAACACUGGAUUUAGAUCUUAACCAUGUCACCUAACAAAUCAAGAGUCUGCUCUGUGUUGUCGCCUACCAACCAAUCUCUGUUCACAGAUUGUACAUAAACAGAUGUUAUAAGUGUAAUCUGCAUCCAGGGGGCUGUAUGUAUGUAGGGUAAGUACUCUGGCUCCUGUUUGCAGUAUGUUUGUAGUACUAACAUGCAGUACUUGCCAAUCACAUGUCAGGAGGCUUUCGUGUAUGUAGAUAAAACAGCUCUGUAUGGAGACUCUGUUUAAUGGACACCAAUUAUAGCAUUUCAAGGAAUGUAUCAGACAUGAUCAACCAGAUUUCUGUUCAACAAACAAACAAAUGGUUUUCUUCUCCCCACAAAGCUUAUAUUUUAAGUAAAAAAAAUGCAUUACGAUGGUGUUAUUUCAGCAAACUCAAGACCCUAUAACUGCAAGUAGAUCAGACACAUACCAUUGAAGUUAGCCAGGGUAAAGCUUUAGUGUAACUUACUAUUUACUGUGAAACUGAGAACCACUUGACGCAGAUGUAUGGGCGCUUUUCUGCUGAUGUAACAUGCCAAAAAAAAAAGCUGAUGUGCUUUAUGCAGACGUAAAGAGGAUCCAAUUGUGCUUAGUCUUAAAAAAAAGUCUUAACUGGCUGGAAGCUGUUAAUAAUCCAGAGCUACCAAGUUUCAGAAAAUGACAAGAGUGAGACUUUAGCGCUAUGAUGUGUUUGGAUUCUGACCUGUGGUCGGCGGCAAAAAAAAAUUUGGCCUUUUUUAACGUUGAUUUGUACCUUUAGACUGAUGUCCUCACCUCCAUGCCAGCUGCUCUCCCUGCACUGUGGCCUCCUAAUGCUAGUCUCAAUUAACCAGAAAGUAGAAAUUAGAAAGUGGGUUUUAAAUGUCGGCGCAGUUGUGCGUGAAGGACAGAGACGCCAAGAUCUGCCUUACACUGCUUCUGAUUGGUUUAUAUAUUCAGUCAAUCAGAGUUACUCUAACUACAGCAAGCCAAGUUUAUUAUCAUGAAAAAGAUAAAUACAGAGUAUUGAAUGGGGAAAUAUAAGCAAGAGAAAUGUAAAGUGUGGCGUGUGGUGUGAGAAUGGGCCCAACUGCGUUACUGUCACACUCAAAGCGUGAGCCUUGGCAGCUCUGUAAUCAUUGGCUGCAAGGAUACCUGAAAAGUCUGUCUUUUUCAGAGGUAAUUUUAUCAUCAGGUUGCUUACCAACAAUUGAUAAAUUCAAAAGAAGCAGUGAUGAUAUCUGAAGAAUAAUAACUAAAACACUGUCAUAUAACAUAAACACUUCUGGGGGUGUAUUGAGGCACUAAACACGACUGUAAAUGAUCAUAACUGAAAUACUUUUCAACUACAUUGUUAAACCAUGCUUGAUUGCCAUCAUAAAAAUGGAAUCCGGUGAUAACACGGGUUUGUCUUUAAAACCACUUUAAAAGGAAAUCAAAGCCUAAGAGGUUGCUGUCAUUUCUGUCCUCCCUGCAUGCACAAACAGAGAUUUACCGAUUCCUCCUCUGUCAGUGGUAUUGUGCUUCAGAUGGCAGCCAACAAAUUCUGAUUAUUCUCCCAUCAUGCCACACUUAAGAUGACAUAUGAAUGCAGUUUGGCUACCGUCGAACUCAUAAAUCAGUCAGAAAUGUGAAUUAAAAACAUGAAGCAACACGAGACGAGAAUUGAUCGCCGUCUGUGACAGCUGUUUAGGUUACUGACAGUCAUGUGAACAUUGAUAAAGAGGAGGUUGUGAUAGAACCAGUCAGAAUCUAGUGUCUCAUUUCUGUGUUCAGUCGACUAAAGUCUGCAUUUAUAGGCUGAAUGUAUCUCCAGGAUGACAAAUGAUCCCGGUCCUUUUUUUAGCAUGUCAUAAACACACCUGUGUUUCCACAUAUUUUGACUACAUAUAGCCCAUUAAUCAUUCUGCUGAGGUUGAAGCAUUUAGGCGCUCUGUGUCAACUCUCAUGGUUCGUAUAGAAGCCUAGACAGUCUCAUUUAGAAGAGAAGAGCAGGUUGUAAAUGUGAAGCUCUUGAUCUGAUUUAUUUCAGAGAUGUUGAGUCAGUGUAUCACCGCAAUGAAACAGAUCGUAUCAAGGUCACAAUUUGACCUUUUUUUACUGGAGUAGACCAGAUUUUAGUGCCGCUUUUGACAGAUUCAUCAAUUCAUAUUUAUUUCCUAUUAAAUAAAACUUCAGUAAAUCUCAAGGAUGUAGCCAAAGUGUGUUACAUACUACUCUGGCUCUGUUUCCACAGACUAUUCUUAUAACUGUGAGGGCUAUUUUAUUGCAGUGUUCCCCAAGGCUCUAUCCUCAGUCCAUUAUUGUUUUCAGCUCAUCAGUCAGAUACAAAACUGUCAUGUUGGCACAAAGUAUUUUCCUAAUCUUUGAGUUUGUACGCAAUCGAUCUUAGUUUUGUUCUUACUGCAAUAUGAGCAGUCAUAUUAAAUGCAUCUGCAGAGUCCAAUGUACAAUGCUACUGCGCAAGUGGUGGAGUGCGUACAACGCUACUGGGCAAUGUUGGUUUCAGGAAGUAGAGAAAAAACGCAGAAUUACCAAGAGUUAGGCGGAAGGCGGAACCAAGUUGUCUAUACAGUCUAUGGUUAUUACUGCAAUCAGCUUUUUAAUAAGGGGAUAAGGGGAUGAUCAGUGAGUGUGCAGAAAGGGUGUUCAUCCUCUGGAGAGCAUCUGUGUGUCUUGGAUUUUUAUGAGAAUCUGUCUUUUACAUAUGGUGAGUAUAAGAACAUGAAGUCAAUUGUUAUGAAUCUAUCGCUCUUCAUAUUGGUUUAUGAAUCUCAACAGGAAAUCAGAGGUGAUGAGCUACUUUGCUUCAGGCAGCAAUCUCUUUGUAAUCCCACCAGUUAUUCCACAAUUUGCACACAUCAGAAUUUGUAUCAUUUGUAUAGUUUUAUACAAACCUUGUCACUUUCAUUUGGCAGCGUCACCUUUGCGUGCUUUUGUGUUUUCUUGUCAAAGAAAUCAGACUGUAGACUUUUCAUUGCUGUCUUUGUAGUAAAGCUAUCACGAUGACUCAUUUUACAAAAACAGUUGUAAAAACAUUUGCAUUUAGAAAACAUAAUUGAUGAAGAGAAGAAAAAGUUGUAUCAUUUAAAAACUAAUUAAAAAAGACAAAGAAUAUGAGACACCUCUUUGUUGCAUAACUGGGAUAAUAAAUAUACAUUGCAUGUCAUAAAUAAUAUAUCAGACAUGAGACAUUACCUUACAUAGGAUUCAUAGAAGUAUGGUCAUAAAAAAGGAGAGAUAGAAACACAGGCAUUGUUGUCCAUAUGCAGAGUACAUUCAUACUUUCUUGAGUCCUCUUAACAGUUCCAGGGCACACUGAUGAAUAAUUCAAACCCUUAGUCAUAUUUCUUGUUAUCAUCCAACAUUUAACUUGGUGAAGUCUGUGCUCUGCUAGCAUUGCUACAGCUGCUGCUCUUUGAUUGUGAGCGUAAUAUCCACAGCACAUGCAUAUAUAACCCGUGCAUACAUGCAGUAUGUAUGCACUGUUGAGAAGCAUGUUAUUGCCAAGGGAGUCUAUUUUUCACAUGCUUUUUAUACCUUUAACCUACUCUACUGUGUCAUUGUUGUCUGGGCUGGAAGAAAGGGCAAGGCACGGCUGCUUUAUUUAUAGCACAUUUUGAACUUGGAGGCAACUCGGAGUGCUUCAAAUAGGCAAAAACAGACACAGGAAUAUUUUUACAGACAAUGAGCAACAGAACUGAAGAACAUCAGUGAGGAUGAAGAAAAUGUGACCGCUACAAUUGACAUAGAGAGAAACAAAAACACAAUCACUCCAGCGCAGAUUUGAAGUGCAGUGAUUCAUUAAAUACUUUUAGUGCCAUAUGCAAAAAUUGAAUGCGACUCCUGGCACUGGUUACUAGAUGUUAUCUGAAGACAGAGAUUAAAUUAAAUGUAUUUAGGAAGUGCAUUCUUGCAUAUGCAUGUCUGUCUUUUAACCCUUUACUUUACAACCACCACAUGUAACCUCAUGUAACUCUCCCGCUGUAGUGACGUGUGAUACUGGGGUCAAAAUCUACACUUGAUACGGGAUUAAGAGAAUAUAUCUGUCUCUUCCAGGUUACUUGUUCCUCAUGUCUGGGUUUGUAAGGCACGGAGAUACAGUGUAAGCGGGGAUCAUGUGUUCCCAGAGCUUGAGUGCCUCAAUGAUUUCUUCCACGCUCUCUGCUCUCUUUGCCUGUCACUAUGUCUCCUUGUCAGUCAGUAUAGCAGAGCCUCUAAAUGCCUCCUCUCACCUGCCCGGAUAACAGAUCCCACUCACUCACUCACUCAAAAAAAAACCUUCUUGUGCAACCUCUCCACUCUGGGGUCAUAAUAAGCACAAAUCUGAAAGCUUGUGCAGUCAAUUUUUCGUUUUCUCUGCAGUGCUUAGCAUAUAGAUUUAUCGACAAGGAAGAGCAAAGGGUAUUGAUUAACAGCUCUCACCUCUGUCCUAUUUUGUCCUCAUUAUGAACAGAAAACACACACACUCACAAACACACUUUCGCUCAAACACACACACACCUGAUGUUUUUUUUUUAAUGAAAUUUUAACGCCUUGUUUAAAUAAAAUAUCUCUUUCAUUUUCUCAGGCCUUGCUCUUCAUACACACACGCAAGCCGACUUAGACAGGAAACCUCGAGAGAUUAGGGCUGACACUCUUCAAAUUUAAUGUAAUUAAGGGUGUUACACAUUUCCACUAUAGGUGUCAAAAAUGUAAAAGACUUGUGAGAGUGAGGUAUCUUGAAACAGUGAGAGACGAGCUGUUGUUAAGGCUCAUAACAUGAACUUGCAUGACUUCGACUCCUGGCGGGUGAUUUUGCCAGCUGACAUUAACAAGAUCACAUUUUUUGGACUUGUUCUGAUCUAUGAAACUAAUUUGUUAUUUCCAAUGUGUCCAAGAAAGUUGUGAGCCAGAACAAGACCUAACUUUUGGCCAGAUGGAUAGCGGCACAUAGAGGAUUUGUGUAUCUGCUGAGCAAUUAUGAUCAUGAUCUUUUAAUACAGGGAGAUGGCUGCCUUCCCGUCCUGCAUCCUAGUUGCUAAUUCGUUUGCAAAUCACAGCCAAGCAGUUUUGAGCAGCAAAAUUAUGUUUAUUUGCCAAAAUAAAGGCAGCCAAAAAAAAUGCUACCCCUUAUGUAUUGGUAAGGAUUGGAUCGACUUUCUGAAAGAAGAAGUUUGUUUAUGCAAAUGUACAAAAAUAACAUUGAACAACUGGUGACAUAUAUAUAUUUAAACAACAUUUAAAUUACUUACGGUGCACAAAACAAGCUCAAAACAUAUGGUAGGCGACUACAAUAUUGUCAUCCUACAAAGUUGAUCUUGCUAACAUGUUCACAAACACUCUUAAACAUACAGGUGGGACAAAGCAUCAAUACAGCAUCACAUCAUUGUCUGACUCAAAAUACAAAUAUCACAUCUGGUUGGUAUGUGUGUUUGAAAAUGAUAAUGUGCUCAAAACAGAGCCCCCUUCCAAAUGACUCCCCAUGAACCCUAGUGGUGGAGCUGAUCAUAUUGAUCCUGAUCCUGUCUUUAUCAUGUAUCAUUACAGAUCAUCAUGUAAGUGUCUUUUGUUAUGUGAAUUAUUACAGAACCACUGUAUUUUGAUACAGUUGUGGUCAUCAUGUGUAACUUGCAGUGUAACCCAUAUCAUAUCAAAUCAUAUCUUAUUGUACAAUAUCAUAUUAUAUUGUGAUGUAUAAAACCAUACUGCAUAUAUGCUGCCUUCCUGUUACCUCGGAAGUCAGAUGUCAGAGCUGGGAAUGACAUUACACCAGAGUUGACGGCAAGUCGGAAAACCAAGAUGGACACCUACUGUUAGCCAUUGUUAGCUGUUGUUAAGAAUUGUCAGCCAUCAUUAGCCGUUGUCAGUUUUUGUUAGCUGUUGUCAGCUGUUGUUGGUUGUUGUUAGUUGUUAGCUAUACCAGCUGUCAAUACCGCAUAACACAGUAUUUUACUCUUAAAAACAACAUGUUCACAGUUAGACAUUGGGCACUACAACAUGUACCACUUAUUUAAUUUCACAAAAACGAAACAGAAGUGCUAAUAAACAAUACAUUACGAGAGCUUUCACGGUUACUCUUUACUGUCAAUGCACUGCGCUGCCAUCUUGGAUUAUGACGUUGUCGUCAAGUCGGGAUUGGUGAGCAUCGACCGACUUUCCGAGUCAGAAAUCUGACCUCAGGGGGGCAUUCUAGAUGAAUUUACAACUUGGAGCUGACUUCCGAUUACAACUGGAAAGCAGCAAUAAUGGACAAACCGUGCCAUAUCAUAUUGUAUCAUAAUUAUUUGUAUUGUAUCUAGUUGUAUUGCCUUGUAUUUUAUCAAAUCAUACUCUACCAUUCUGUAUAGUAUCGCCCCACAUCCUACUCUAUCAGAUCAUUUUGUCUUGAAAACUAUCGUAUCCUCUUGUAUAGCUUCACGUUGUACUGUAUCAUAUCAUAUUGCAUCAUAAUGUUUUGUAUGGUAACAUAAUAUAACAUAUCACGAGUUACUUUACAAUUCUUACACCCAUCACACUUAUUGUGGGUAUACAGGAACAUUAGUGUAUAGUUACAGUGGUAUUAUAAACACAUAAACCCUUUUUCACACCCCUCUUCCAGCUAAGGCGUCUAAAUCUUUUGUUUUGUUUUGCCUCUUUAUUCUUGACAGCUAAACUACUUAAUCUGCCUGAUAACCAGGAAACGAUAGACAGGAAAAGUGCUUACAGAUGCAAAAACAGCCUGUUGGCACAAAACCAAGUGCAACUUUUUAAGAUGACUGUUUUUGUAUCCAUUACAAUGUUAAUACUGAUUAUUCUUAUUAGUUUUUCAAUCUGCUGUACUUUGGAUCUGUAGAAAUGUUAGGGUUCUUUACUUUAACAACCCAAAUCAUGUAUAUGUAACAGCCUGUGUAGCAAGCCUGUCUAUUUCAGUCUCAUAGUUAUUUCAAGAACCCCAGAUUAACUCGUGAGUCCACCUUUAUAAAUAUUGUUAAAGCAUCUUUGAGUGGAAUUACUCAGUAGAGUGCAGAUGUCCACUAAAACCCUCUAAUCCCCCCACUUAGCUUGUACUGUCACAGUCUGCAGUCUGCUGCGUGGAUUACACAAGAGUAGCAGAAGUUUGUCCUGAUGGUAACAGAGAGGGAAAGGUGAUGGGGUUCUCAGUAUCAGCGGGUUUUCUGUUUAGUUGGCAGCAUCACAAACAUUUCGCUUCGGGUUAGAAGACACACUCAUUAGUUCGACUUUGUGUGAUGAGAGGGAUUUUUCUACCUAACGGGGGGGGGGGGGGUGAUCAUCAUAAAACAGAAUUACCCACAACAGCACAAAACAACGCUUGGAAAAGUAUACUGGGGGUUUAGGGUCUUCCGAAGCAGGUUUCUUUAUCUUAUGAGGACCUGCAGUUCAAACCAAAACUGGAAAACAAAGGUGAUUAUAUAAUUUUCAUGUGAUGUGAUCAGAAAUAUGAUAAUUAGUUCUAAAAUGUUAAUUUAACUGGCAUAAAAUGUGAUGAAUUGUUUAACAUUCGACUGGAGUUUUGGAGCAACUAUUUAGUAUCUGCUUUGGCACGGUGCUGCAUAUUUUAACACUCAUUCACUGUUAAUGCGAUGAGGUCUGAUUUUAUAGUGGUUGGGUUGUGUUUGUGAGCAUUUUUACAAGUCUCGUCAUAAAUUUUGUAGUGGAUAGUUCAGGAUUUGUAGUGUCAUCUCAGGUUCUUAAGCUGGUAAAGGGGCACUGUGGGGUUGUUUCACUGCUGCAGAAAAGGUUUAUGGGGUGAACUGGUCCUUUAUACUAUCUUCACCGCUGAUUAAAUUAUUGCCGAGGAUAUAUUUGAUGACAAAAAUCUACAAGUGUGCUAUGAAUUACUUAACUCUGGUCACCACCGACUCAUUCCUCAAGGUCAUGAAAAGUUUAAGCCCAUAUCUGUUCCAAUUAAAGAGCUCAAGUUAGGACUGGGCGAUUAUAGGAUCGUGAUUAAUGAUCGUCAUAAAUUUCAUUUCGAUCACGGUGAUCAGCUGUGAGCAUAUUUACUCGAUCAAACAUAUUGGAAAUGUAUGUGACAGCAGCCAAUCAGAGUCGAGCUUUUCCUGCUCACUUCUGGAAGUUGCGGGAGAAGUAAACAGGAGAAGUUAACAAAAUGAGAUGCCAUUGUUAAGAAGAAAAGUUAUUCAACGUCGGUUGUGUGUUGGUGGUUCGGGUAUCUCCAAAGUGAUGUUGAGCAAUUACGCCGAUGUGCAAGGUGUGUCGGCAGUAGGUGCCCUCAAAAACCGGCAACACAACAAAUCUGUUUACUAAUUUGAAGAAGUACUCCCUGAGUGAUUAUGCGGAAAGUAUGAAAAUGCGAGCCGAGUCUGCACAGCCUGCCACUGUUGACGGCACAAAUAGCAUUAGCAGUUUAGCUACAACUAGCGGUGCAGCCACCAGACCAAAGCAGCAAUUAGUCUUAUCAUCUACAUUUACAUCAUCUAAUGUAUACAUUUUAAGGCCUCUUCAUUAUCCCUGAGGGGGCGAUUUGAUUAUUUGGGAAUAAGAACAUGUUAAUGAAAUGUUGAACUCAUCUCUAGUUUCAUUAGUUUUUGGUACCAAUGCUUUGAAACUGGCAGUUUAAAAAAAUACCAAAAAAUCGUGAUAAUAAUCGAGAGCAGAUGAUAUGACGAAAUAUAUUGUGAUCAUUUUUUUUUUUUUGCCAUAUCGCCCAGUCCUAGCUUAAGUGAUUUGCAGCUGCUAGACAACAUCAGUGUUUAACUAAAAUGGAGUCAAGAGGUCAACAGAAAAAGAAAUAUUACAAAUACAUAAAGGGAUAAAGAGAUCUGGGAAGUAAAGAUCAAUAAGGUCAGAAAAUUCCAAAAGGGUAGAGCUUUAUGGGUAUGACUGAAGGAAACAGAGUCUGGUCUACAUAAACCAGGAUGUAGUUUCAGUGGUGUCCCUCUCUGUUUGGUUGCCACGUUGGUAACGCUGACUCAACUUCACUUCCGAUCAACCUGCUAUGAGGAAAAAAGGUGCCCUCAGGCCUGUAGCCUACUCACUCACAGUAACUAACAGUGCCUCCAAUUUGCCAAACUCAUCAUAACCCAAAUAUCUUCAAAACUAAUGAGUUAUGAAAGAGUCACUCCCUGAAGUCUGUGUGGAUAGAGAAAUGAGCUAAUCAGAUCAAAAUCAGGCUGUUAACACAAUUCUUUCCGCUGCUAGGAUGGCCUUCAUAGGACAGAUGUGUGUGGCUCAUGGCGGUUUUGCAGCCUCGAUUGGACCCAGCAGUUUUUAGCACUUCAGCACUGGUUUCACUUUUCAAGACCAGAGGUUCCUGCUUGAUUCUGGCCCAUGAUGGGAAUUAAAUAUUCUUUUUUAGCCUUCAGCAUGUUGCAUUGUGAUAUUUCUUAAGCUUCUUCAGAGAAUCAAUGAACAUCGCAGGAUUACGUGCGCUUGACUCACAUGACAGCAACACAAACAGUAAAUUUUUUAUAUUUUUCUCCACCCCGGGUUAAAACGAAUUCCCCAGUUGAUAAACAAACCGGAAUCAGACCAGCGUAGAUUACACUUGAAGAUGGAACAAGCUGACUUCAGCUGGAUUGAUCAGCAAAGACCGGCAUAGAAUAUGCAUGAAGAUCUGGACUGACACUCAGCUUUAGACCUGCAAAGACCAGCAUUAAAAACAGCACCAAACCAGCAAAAACCAGCCAAGAAUCUCCCCACACACACAGACUUUUUCUCCUGCACCAUCCAAUAAAAGCUGCGAUGCUGGAGAAAAUAUGAGUACAGACACAAACCAGGACACUUCUGAGAAAGGGUAUAUCUCAGCUUUUGUAGGGGUGGCACCAAGUAUGGCAAGCACAGAACUAAAUAAUAAAAUAAUUUGACAAAUACUUAUUAAUAAACACCCUGUUUCUACUAAUUGUAUCUAUUUAAAUUUAACAACAAGCUGUUAAAAUCUAGAAUUUGUUUGUUGACUUCAAAAUAUCACAUAGCAGAGCAAAAGUGUACGAUUUGAGGCUUAAUCUUAUUUUGUGUUAAACAUGAAUAAUGUAAAGACUGCACUGAUCACUCUCAUGGACAGCUGUUUGAGCUGUAGUCGCCUUUGGACCUGAUUUAGUUCUAAAGAAGAGGCUCGUACUCAGGACAAUCAUACACAACCCCAGAGGCUGACAGAACAAAGGAGCGCGGUUGGUGUUUUUGUUCCUGCGAUGAGGAACAGAAAACAAAAGUUCAGCUUCAAAGUCAAAAAUCUUCCGCAUGAAUUCUUUUUUCUGGAGUUGUCUCAUGAUGAGGCACGUGUUAGGCUGCAGAGUAGGUGCAUGUAUAGUUAACGUAAUCAUGAAAUAUUGAACCUGGUGAAGAAGAAAAGGAAAAUGGACAAGCACCUUUUAAUAUUGUAGCUCUUUUUCUGUGGUGCACAUCUGUACACAUAUAUGUUUUAGAUCUAGGCCUUGAUAGGGCUGGGCGAUAAAACGAUAACGAUAUAUAUUGAAAAUUAAUUUCCUUCAAUAUAAAUAAAAAACAUGGGCAAUAUGCUUUUCGAUUGUCGGCAUUCUGACAUAUUUUGGUCGACUAUAUGAAUAGCCAAUGAAAAGGGGAGUUGCUCCAGGUCCGCUUCCAGCUGAACCAAUCAUGUGCUGAGUUAGAACCAAGUAGCAAACAACUGCGUAGUAGCAUUCUGCAGCUACACACAACCAUAGCACUUUAACACAUCAAGCUGACAGCACUGUUGGUGAGAAAAAAAAAAAAAAGGGGAAAUGCAGAUGAAGGCUCAACAGAUGACGACAUCAUCAACAACACUGGCAUGAAAACGUCGGUGGUAUGGAGGUACUUUGGUUUUUUGAGGUCAGACAUGAAGCAGAGUAAUUUGCACUGCAAAUUAAGUCGAGUACAUGUCGGGGAAUACCUCAAAUCUUUUUCACCACCUAAAGCAGCGCCACAUGGCAGAGCAUGUACAAUGCAAAAGGUUACAAACCCCGAGAGGAGCAAGGAGCCCAUGGCGCCUGCGUAGCCAAAACAGCCAACCAUUCAGUUCGCUUUCUCUAGCGCAGUGCCUUACAACAAAAUGUCAAAGAGACACAAAGACCUCACAGAUGCAGUAGUUUAUUGUAUUGCAAAAGACAUGCUACCAAUAAGCACUGUUAAAUUUAAUUUUUUAAAUCGUGAUAUAAAACACUGAUAUGAAAAAUAUAUAUCGUGAUAAACUUUUUUUUCCCAUAUCGCCCAGCCCUAGGUGCACCUAUGUGUAUACAUACAUGUUUCAGGUCUAGUCCUCUAUAUGAAAACAGCUUAGCUUAUAUAUUCAGUUUAUGUUAUCUCAGAUGUGGCAGUUUGGUCUCGCAGUUGUUGAUAGUAACACAGAAGCUGCGUCCUCCACUGAAACACAGUCUCACUCAUCAACCUUCAAGUAAACCCUGAAAUCAGCACCAGGGAGAGAUUAAAACUGAAACUGUGUCAGUUUCCCUGAAUCACUACAAACCCUCAAGGAAAGUCCUCAUUAAUGCUGUGACAGCCGCUGAUGAAUAACGCGCUGGCUGUGGCGCAGUAUGAUAUAAAAUGCUGAUGUUGAUGAUUGGAGACUGAGUGACUUUUUACCUCGCUCCGCCGAUCACUUGGGAACGUUGAGAAAAUAUGCAAACGUAAAAAAGUGUGUAAAAAAGUCUCCUGAAGUAUUAAAUGUUGACACUGUUUUCAUGGUGUCUUGUCUAAUUCCAUCACUGUAGAGUACAGGUGACGACACAUCCUAUCUGAAGAGGGUGUUUGGCAUUUUGCUAGGUAAUCAUGUUUGUGAAUGAAUCAUACAAAAGAAAAAGCCCAUGAGUGAUAUUAAAGCAGCGCUAUCAUCUCUUUGAACAAAGUAAAGGCAAAAGAUGGAAAAACAUCUCAAUUUUCAGCGAUAACAGAUAAAAUCUUCAUCACAACUGAUGAGUUUCAAGUAAAUAAUAACUUCACACUAACAGCCUUGCAUACAGUGGUAGAGAAACCCACCAUAAUGGACCCACAUCCAUCUUGAGACCUUUAUCAUGUUAACCCUCAUUCUGCUGUUGCACACCACCCAAUGAAGUGGAAAAUAACCACUACAGUCAGUUUAACCGAGUGGACUCCAUUAGUUCAUGUGAAUACAGGGAGUGUUUUCUGAGUAGACAUCCAGGCUGAGGCCUCUGCUAUCACAGACCUUUAUCAGACUCUGCAGCAGAUGUUGAGGAGGGUCACUGAUAAAACUCCCCUCCAGAGAGACUUUAAAAAUCAGACAGGUGGAGAUAGGGUUGAUGUGACGCUAUAUCAGCCGCAGCAGCAGCUGCAGGGGCGAGUCUUUGCAUCAUUGUUACAGCAGAUGUUGCAAAUAAGGGUGCAUCUGGUGCAGAGCGGGGGGUAGACCCUGGAUAAGUCAGAAGAGGAUAUACUGUACGUUGCAGCAAAACAGCUCAGCUUGAGAUGAUUGCGUGAAUGUUCUUCUGCAGUUUUACUUUCAUUUGCUGAAAAUAGCUGCGUUUACAUGGGCACAAAUAAUCAAUAAUUAAAAAUAAAAUAAUUUUCCAGUUUGAGAGGGGUGGUUUGUGCCGAUCGUUAUUUCGAAACACGUCCAUGUAAACACGUAUUCCAAUCGUGACUCUCUUACCUGACUCGAUCUUCACUCUUUAGCCUUUGGAUUAUUUAUUGAGGCCAGUCCAGGAGGUUUCAUUAUUAACACUCAGGCAUAAAACACAACUGCAGGUUCCGUGUCUGCUCCUCCAGUAAGCAAUUUUUUUUUGUAGGAUGUUAGGAGAAGGUCCUGCCCUUCUCUUAUUGGCUAGAAGUGCUGGGCGCAGAUUAGUUAUUCCUUAUGGCUGUGAAACAUUAUCGUCUGUCGGGUUAUGGUUAGGAGAUUCAGAAGUGCGAUAAUGUUCUGUAAUGUUCAGUUCGAUGUACAGAGCCAACAGCCCACGUUUGGCUAAAGUGCGUGACGACGUUUCCAGCUUUUCUGGCCAAUCAGAGGUGAAGGAGGCGGGACUUUCUCCUACCAUCCUACAAAAAAAAAUAUUGCCUCCGGUAACAUAACAAGGCGUACAUACAGCAUGUCACAUCUGCACACACAGCGCAACCUUUGACAAAACAGUAAAAUAAGUAAACAAGGGCGCCAUCUAGUGACACUAUUUAACAGGGGAAAAUCCUGAAGGAGUGAGCCACUACCCUGUUUGUUCGUUUGUUGACAGCACAGAUGUAAAUACAACUCUUCGAAAUUAGACAACUCUGCACAUGUCCAAAUGCUUCUAAUCUGAUCUGCAUGUUUACACACGUCAUGAUCUGAUUAUUUAAUUUUGCACCCAUAUAAACAGUGGAUUCAGAUAAUCCGAUCUCUCAAAUUUUUAAUCGGAUCAAGAAAUUUUGGCCACGUAAACAUGGCUACUAAGUGCUUUAAUAAAAGCCUUAAUUGAUAUAACAUGUAAAACAAUCGCUGUAAUAAAAAAAAAAUCUUUGGUUUACCAUUUCUUCUGCACAGUUUUGCACACCACAUCCAUUCCUCGACAUCUUUGUGUGUACGCAGAACAACAGAAUCUAUAAAUCCAUUCCUCGGCAUCAGAAGCUGCUGUUCUCCCUGCAGUGUUCCUUGAGUGUGGAUCUUUCAUCUCUGAGCAGGUUGUGUAUCAAGGUGAACAAGUGACUUUGAGGAAGUGUGAAGACCUGAAGCCGAAAUAGAAGCCGUCAAGGUGAAGGAGAAAUCUUCAUCAAGCCAAUAGCUAAUUCUGAGUGAGGGGCGAAAGAGCUCUUGACUUGUGGAGCAGGAAGCCUUUCACCUUGAUGAGCACUUUCACAGACCCACACUCUCACAUUAGCUGUAUGUAAAUGGUGCACACUGGUCAGCUCUGAGUCAGUUGUUAUUUCGGUACCACAAAAUGAGGUAAAAAAUGAUUAAUUAUGCUCCAUAAAGCUCAUUUUCAGCCAGCAUGCUCUGUCACUGAUUAGACUAAUGUUGAGCAAACAUCCUUUUUUUUCUUUCAAACAACCAACUGAUUGUUUCAUGAGUGGAAGCAAUCAACCAAUUUUUCUGUGGGUGAAAAAAGCAUUGUUUUUUUUUUCAACCUGAGGUCCAUCAGGAAUUCUUUGACUUUUUCAGCCAGUGUCAUGGAGGCCUUUGCAGCUCUGAUGAGUUUUUUUGUACUACCACAUUUGUUUCAAUUUGCUGCAUCACACUGGAGCUGCUGCUUAUGCUGCUUUCCAGUUGUACUGAGAAGUUGGAAUUUCGGAGCUCCGAGACGCCCCCCUGAAGUCAGAUUUCCAAUGUCGAAAGUCGGACGAUCCUUAGUACCAACCUUGACUUGACGACAAUGUCAUAAUCAAAGAUGGCAGCACAGUGCAUCAACAGUAAAGAGUACAUGUUUUACUGCCAAACAUCUGAGUGUUUGAGUGCUAUGGUGUUUGUAAGAGUAAAAUACUGUGUUAUGCGUUGUUUCCUACUGGUAUCGCUGACAACAACUAACAACGGCUAACAAUAUAAUUAAAAAUAUUAUUAUUAUUGUUAGUAGUAGUAGUAGUAGUAGUAGUAGUAGUUGUUUCAUUAUUAGUAUUAUUUUGUUAUUAUUGUUGUUAUUAUUAUUGUAUUCUUCUUGUUAUUAUUUUUGCUAUUAUUGUUGCUGUUAUUGUUGUUAUUAUUUUUGUGUUAGGACGCUUUGGCAGUGUUGUUGACGGUCAUGCUAAUAAAGCUCAUUGAAAUUGAAAUUGAAAUCCACAGCUGACAACCGCUAACAACAACUGACAACAGCGGACAACAGCUGACAAUUGUAAACAACAGCUAACAACAUCUACCAGGAAGCCAUCUUGGUUUUCUGACUUGUUAACUUGAACGCCGUCAACUCGGGUGUAGCGUCAUUCCCAGCUCUGACAUCUGACUUCUGAGGUAACUGGAAAGCAGCAUCAGUUUCAGCUUCACUUUUGGAGUGCUGGCACGCUGUCCAUCUGUUUUUAAAUUUGGCUUUACUUUCGUGCAAUUGGAGAAGGUGGAGAUGCACCGUCUACCCUUACAUACAGUCAGUGGACACCUUGACAACGGUAACUAAGUGGUCGGACUUAUCUAUUGAUUCGUUUUCUUCUUGCACAUUAAUUUACAUUGGAACAGCACACGCUGCACUGAUUAAAUUUCAGUGUUAAUGUUUAUUCUGCUCACCCAUUUUAAAGCUGCAGUGCAUUCAGAAAUUUGCAUUGAUUUAUCGUGAGUUGGUUUAAGGACCCCAGGAAGAAUAGCUGAGGCUCGGCCAAGGCUAAUGGGGAUCCCAAAUCAAUCAAAUCAAAUCAAAUCAUUCACUGUUCACUAUAGAACUUUUUUUUUUAAAGACCAGUUAAGCUUAAUAAAAUAAACACUCUUUCAUGUGAAUUUGAGUAAAACUCUUGAGAGGAUUAACAGCACUGACACUCUAUGGCCAGUUUUUAAGGAUUUAUUAUAAUCUUGCUUUGUAUUGCUCUUACUCUGCAGACACGUUGUGUUGCACGUACAUUUUUUUAGUCAAGGCCUCUAAAGUCUUUGUUCCUUUGCUUUGAAUGUUUUUGUGCACUCCUUUUUAUUUCCCUCUCACCACCGUCACUAAAACGUUUAAAAGUUCACUGUCACCAUCACCAUGGCAACUGUCAUUUUCUGUGAUGCAGAGACUUACAGCUGCCUUCUAGCGGGCAUCACUGUUGAUUGUGUUUGUCUGCGUGUGUGUGUAUGUAGUCUUUGUCCGUCUUCAUUUGUCCUCACGUUUUCAAAUCAGUGCCUCUCUCGUGUUUAUAUUUCCGUCUUGUGCUGAUAUCUGCAGAGUGUAAAGUGAGUCUGCAACAAAUAAGCCAGUGUGGCCUGCAUAACUGCGUGAACUGCAUUGUGCAUCAAUUGUUGAAAAACAUCCAAGCACAUCCUCGAACAAUGAAUGUGAUAGUUUUAUCAAUAUUUAAUGGACGGCAGUAAUCCUCACCACUAUAAAUCAUCAAAUCCUGCUGGCAUAAGCUGUCUUAUUCUCCCUCAACCCUUUUACAUGCAGCGAACUCGGGUCAAAACUCAUGAUGAUAACAGCCUCCUUUGGUUUGCCAGACCAGACCCUAUACUGUUUCUAUUUAUACAGCUACCACAGCCCAGCCGAGGUUUAAAUAUAGAUGCUGAGUCUGGAUUCUCUUCUUCAUCUGAAAUGCAUGAAUAAUUGAGAGGGAGAGGAGAUGAGGUGGGAUUCAUUCAGGAGAUGGAUGGUCUGGGCAUAGAUUUCUCCCCUACAUUAGGAGUUUACUGAAUGGGGUUGUGGUGCACUUUGUACAUGCAGAGACCGGAGGAGAUGGUGAAAAGUUUACCCCUAAACUAGCUUUUAGAGGAACAUGAUGUUCCAAGGGUCUAAAAAAGGAAAAAGAUUCAAAUGAAUAAAUGAUAGUUACUAAAAAGAGCUGGCAUAUUCUUAAGUGCCAUAGGUCAUCUGAAAGCCAAAACUCAUAUACAAGGGUGAGUCCAGAGUGUUAGCCCUUGAAAUCUGAGAUCAACUAUCUCAAACUCUUAUUGUUUAUCUUUUUGGAGGUUAUGAGCUGCUCAUAGCUUUGUCUCCCUGUUUUAACGCAGCACAUUUCCUUUUAUUUUGUUUUUUAACUGUGGCUUUUUACGUGUUACUAUUUUUUUUUCAGCUUUCAGCACAAAGAUAGUGUCAGCUGUUUCCGUUUGGUUGUGGUACUCAUAAUGCUCUCAGCUGAAACAUUUCAAUUUACUUGUCAGUGGAUUGUUGAUGGUCCUCAUAAAACUUGUCUGCAUGUGCAGCUGCAAAGGCUGAUCCUGAAUCUCUUUUGGGCUCUGUUGUGUCUGAAAUAAGCCUUGGCAGAAAUCAUGUGAUAUUUACCAGGAUUUUCUCUGCAGAGUUCUUACUUUGCACCUGGACUCAUUCCAGGGUAAGGUCUCUAAACUUAGAAAUGUUGUUAAUGCCAGGACCAGUAAUUUUUUAUAGGCUAUUCUUUGAACAAAAACAAAUACUAAACAUAAAAAGGAACAGACCUAAGAAAGAGGGCUGCCUUAAAGACCCACUCUGAUGAAAAUCAUGUUCUUCUUGUUGUCUACAUGUUCGUGUGGCAUUUUUCUGAUGCCACAGGACAUAUCAUCAGGAAACUAAGUGCAAAAUGGCAUUUCCAAGUAUUUCUGCUCUCAAAUCACUGUGAAUCUCUGGCAGACCCAAACGACAGGCUCAAACACAGAGGGAUUUCGUAUGUCACAAUUACAAGCUCCGCCCCCUGAGCCCCAGGCGAGACUCUAAGGAAUAGAGAGGACAAUCACGAAACAAGUGUGUGCGUAUUGCAACGCUCUUAAGAAAGCUAAUUAUGAUAUUAGCUUUCUUAAUGCCCCUAAAAACAUAAGUGUCUGAGAGCUGAACAGCUUCUGUCUUACCUGCUUCUUCUGCUACAAUGUUAGUGAGAAGAGCAGUUUGCAGAACAGCGCUGUCACUGCCUACGACUCAGAGGUGAAUUCCUAAUGAUCUGCUGGAGCUCUGCAGAAAAAAAGCCCCCCAAAGUGACAUAGGUAACGCAAUUCUGGCUAAAAACUAUAAUCACAAUUUAAAGACCACUAAGAAUGCUUUAAGUAGUAAAAAUAAAAAGAUCGGAGUGGGACUUUAAGAUAACUUUAACAGUAAGUAAAUCAAAGCUUUGGGGGGUACAAAUGCAAAAAAAAAAAAAAAAAAGACGUGUAGUGCCAGAUUCCUCUGAUGAGCACCCCAAUUGUACUGACGCGUGUCUAACUUCAUUCAUAAAAUGACUCCAUUCCUCACAGGUCUGGUUUUUCCGUUUAUUUGGCUGAUUGCGGGUUCCAUACAGCUCACAACUUCAGAAAUUGUACAAAAUCAAAAAGAGCUCCAAUUUCAAAGUCAAAAAACAUUUUUGUGCUGCUCAUCUCAAUCUGAAUCAAACAAAAGACUGUCCAGCACACCUGUACCAGCUUUCCUGAAGGGACUGCAACUCCACCCAUAACAUCCUGUAGACAGGUGCAUCUGAAUCUACUAAUCAAAGCAAACAACCAUUUUAAUUACUUUUAAAUCAUAUAUUUUUGGUCCUUACAAUUAAUUAUAUUAACUGAGACUUUUGUUUGCUUAAAUAUUAAGAUUUUGACAAAACUAAAAAACAGCUUCUACAAGAAGCUUGUAAGUGGAUGCAGGCCCUCGGUAAUAAGGCUCUGAGUAUUUCUAUGUUGACACUUUGUGAUCUUACUUUCUCUAGCAGAAACACAAUUCAAAAGAAUGAUACAACUCUGUUAUACUUUAAUAUUAGUAGCUGAAGUAGCUGUGAUCCCUGGAGACGUGGUAAAUGCUUUUAAACUGUGUGUAUAAGUGUGUUUGUAUGUGUGUGUGCGUAUAUACUUGGUGCCACCCUGGCAUAAGUUAGUCCCCAAGUUCAGCGACCCAAGUGAAAAAAGGCUGGAUAUGCUAUUCAAGAAUUUUUUUUGCAAAUAAAGAGAAGACUCAGAGUUUAAGAUAAAGUAAAUGACCUUUAAAGUAACAUUAAUUUUAUCAAAUCCAGUCGCUUGGAAGACACAGACCCACUUUGUGGUUUUGAGACAUUUUUUUCCUUACCUAAGCUGAUUAUUUACACAAAAGCUACUCAACAUGCAAAGAUAUUAAACAAAAGGCUUCUGGGGGAGUAGCUGCCUGUCGAUAAGACGCAUGCAGCAGCUUUAAUGUAAAAGACGUGAGGUCAUAACCAGAGGUCACUGGUUAUCCAGCCGCUUCAGUUUUGUAGAUAGCUGAACUUGCAGAACCUCCCCCGAGGAGCCACAAGAUACAACUUAUUCAUCUUAGCGAGUGGUGAGAGAUUAAGAUUAAUGAGGCACUGCCGCUCAAAGUUACAAACACAAGUGAUAAAGGGUGGGGAGACAACAGCUGAGCCACUGCAAGUGUACGCGCGUGUGUGUAUGUGUGAAUGUGUGUUUCAGGCUACCAUGCUUGGGGAAAUGUGGAAGACACAGUCUCCUCCCGUCUCCAUGGAAACCCCAUCUUGUUCACAGGCAGAUAGGCACAACCCGUCUACAUUCACAAUCAGGGGUGUGAAUGACUCCAUGUUAUUUAAUGCCCGUAUUAUCAACUCUCAUGCGAUCAAUCAUUGACAGCAACACCCCAAUGGGGAUCAGAUCAGCGAUAUCUGUUUAUCCCAUCAGAAAUGCUGACACCUGAAGAUGGUGUCUGCCAGUGCAGCGAUUGAGUGCGUAUAGUCUUUUUAAGAUGUGGGAAUGAACUCAUGCUACUUAUAUGAAGCAUGUAAAGUAGGAACUGCACACAGCACUGCACUGAGGAUAGCACAGAGGCUGGAGCAGUACAGAUGGUUCAAAGCUGGGUGAGCUUUGAAAAAGGUACAAAUCAGGGAUGGAAGGAAGCAGAGAGGGAGGGAGCGAGCGAAGAAGACUAUGUCAGACUUGCUUUUCACAAGCAGGUCCACGGAGCCACCUCCUGUCGAGCUUCAAGGGGGUUGUCAUGGUGACAGUGGCAGGCAGUCGAGGCUGGAGGAGCGUUGCAUGGUAUCCCUGUGGCCUCAGAUGUGGCUAAAGGGAUAAUUGGGAAGAAAGUCAGGAUGAUCAGAAACAACCUGAAUGUACUCACCUGAAGAUAAAUAUCGUCACUGAAUCUUUUAGAGUCAGUACAAGGCAAGAGCUGAUUAUUGCCUGAGACUGUGAGUGUGUGCGAUGUGUUUCCCCGGGUGAGCGCUAGCAGUACUAACAGGUAACGGUGUUAAAACUCACAGGAACAUAGGAGAUUCCACUGCUGCAGCACAGCGGUAAGUCUGUUGCUCCUGUUGCUGCUAAUGAGAAAGGUGCCAGCUGGAGCGCUGGGAGUCUGGGAGUCUGGGACUUCCUCACCUGUCACUUGGGAUGCCACCAAACUUCAUGCAGUGUGAGGACAGAAACCUGAGCUGCACCCAGUCUCAUCAACAACUAAAUGAACAGCAACUUCAAACAAAUGCAACUUGUGAGGGGAUUCGCUGCUUCUAACUUAAAGAUACUCUCCAAACCAGUGGAUAAAGACAGCUGACAGUCACCAAAGCAAACUUAAGGUGGAUAUUUCUGUGUAAUUGACAACUGCAGAGACUUUGUGUCUCUUCUGUCAGUCCAUAUUUGAAAAUUAUGUUUCAACAAAGUCACAUUUGUUGGUGUGUUUCUACCUGCUAGUGUUGUGCUGUUCGUGAAUGAUUCAUUCAAAAGAACCGAAUCUUUUAAGUGAACGUACUGAACCGAAUCACUUCCUUAAGGGAUUCAUUCAUUUCUCACUUCAGUUGAGCUCUCAGCAAUGCAGCUGCCAUAGCACUCAGCAUUGCUGGGCGAGCGAGGGACGGCACACGCUGACGCCUGAAUCACUUGGUGAACGAAUCACGCAGUGAGCUACACUCUCUGGAAUCAUUUUUGUCUGAGGGAUACACUUGAAUGGCGAAGGAGGGAGAUAGGGGUGUGUUGUGUUCAAGUGUACCUCGGAGAAAACAAAUGUUUUUUUUUAACUCUGCUAAUUUGCCACCACAACAACUUGCGUACAGUAGGACACAGCGUGUGGGGUAAACGUUCAGCGAACGAAUCACUCACUGAGCCAAAUUUACAGAGUAGAUCAGAUAAAUAGCAUACCAUUGGACAAUACACUUAAAAUAUCAUGAUUUUUAAACAAGUUCAUUUUUAUAAACUUGGUUGUCAAAGCAACAGCCACAACACUCUCAUAUUCAAGUCCCAGAAGUUAUGAUCUGAACUGAAUCCUGAACCGUUCUGCUGUGUAUCAGUUCAGGAAGUUGCAGGCCCCUCCUGCCAAGUGCUGAAAUGAUUCGGUGAACGAAUCUUUUGAACGAAUCUUUUAAGUGAACUGAUUCUAGUGAUUCAGUACAUCUAAAAGAACUGCUGUGCCCAACACUACUACCGGCAUUAUUUAUGGUGCUUUUCAAUAUUUUCAUACACCCGAUGAAUCAACGAUAGCUGUGGCCAUCUGACUUUGAAGUUUUGUAAGGGACUGAGGCAUCUUUCUUAUUAUUGUUACGGUUAAAUGACUCACCACUAAAAUUUCCAGCUGUAUUUACGGAAAAGUAAUUCUCAUCAAUUUGAAGAAACUGCAGCUUCUGCAUAUUUCCUUUAGACUUUCUUAAACAUAAAAAUAAUCAGUACGCUGUUGGAAAGGACAUCAACAUGCAGCAGAUUCCCCACAUUUUGAUGAGUCUUUAAUCACUUUUACUCUCCCAUUAGUGAAAAGAAACUUGUUUUAAUACUCCUUUAAAUUACCUUACAUGUAAUCAUAGUUUUAAUGUAUUUAAGCUGAUGCCCCAGUGACCACUUUUUUUCCCCACAGCACUGCUCCUGAAUUCACAUCAGGGAUUUAAUGCUUAACAUCAGAUAAGCUCAAGUGUAUAUUAAAAGUACAAAGGUCAAGGUGCUGACCUUGUUGUACAAGUGGUAGGUUCAUGGAUGAACAGACCUUACCCUGACAGCGCCUAUAUGAUUUCAGCCUAUAAAUCACUCCCACUGGGAUAGAGAAAAAUAGUACAGCCACAAAACCCAACGUUGAAGAGUUUUCUUAUUUCUAAGCCCCAAGAGUGCAAUCCUUUGGAGAGCAGGCUCACUAAGGGUGUGUAUUGUCUCUGCGUAGCUUAUCCCCCUAACCAUUCAUGCAAAAACAUAUGUGUGUUCAUUGGUUUAUAGCAGCCCCAUUCACACCAAUGGUGCCCCAGAUAUCUUUUGAAACAUCCUAAUAAGGCCUGGUGUCACCUUGUCUUGUGGAAUAUGGGGCUGUAUGUGGAUUAUUGUAUCCUGGGAGCAAAACGACAAUGUGCCAUGAAAGACACAAGCCAGUGUGAUCUAGCUUUGUUUAGAGACACAGUGGGAUUUCCUGUCAGUCCGCUCUCACUCUCUCUACUCUUGCGCACGUGUUGACUUGUCCUCUCCCCUAGAUAUAAAUAUCCCUCUCUUCUUCUUCUUGUCCUCCCUUUAGUAGGCCACUGUGAAGCAUUCACUCUCAAUUCUGUAGAUGUAAUCUAGUUACAGUAAUAGCCUAUUCAUCACAGAUAACAUGCGUGACAUAAAGGACAUCAUUUAGGGUGUGGCGGCUAUUAACAUCUUUUUUUUGUUUGGUGCGCCUUUGUGUCCACUUAGGAGUCUAUAAAUAGUUUGUAAUUGCAUUGAUGCCACUGCAAUUAUGUCUGGGGCUUCACUCAACCUUUUCUAGACGUGUUUAUUUUUGGUCUCCUUUAUAUGCACUGAAAGGUUUAUCUUAGAUAGUUUGAUGAAAUUAGCUCCUGUGACACUAAAAAGAAUAAAAAAAUACAGAGAUAAAGAGAACCGAGGAAGGAUAAAUAAGUGCAGAGAGUGAAGGCGCUGGGGAAACAGGGUUAUGCAGGGCAUGGAAGAAAUGCUCAGGGUAUCUUAGUGGAACUUGACCCCAUAAUUAUAAUGUUACAAAGCAACAGCGGGGUGCCUUCAUUAGGGACCUUUUUAUUGCUUUUCAAUCCUAUUACAGCUGCCCCUUUUAGUCCCAUUUUCUGCAGUCACAACCGCCUACAGCUUUUAGAUGAUUUUUUUAGUGUACUUGGUGUCUUUUUUAUGACUCAUUGAAAAUAACAAUAUCAACAAAGCUUUCCUUUUUCUUCUGAGCUGUUUUAGUGCCGUACUAAUGGGUUCUGUGUUGUUGUAUAAAUUCUGGGUUUCUGCUGAACUAUGAAAUGACCAGUAGGCUAACAUAAAAGGCAAGGGAAUGUCUCUGUCAGUUUAACCAAUGCUAUGUUGGCUAGAAAUAUUACCUGGUGAAAUUACAGCUUUGAUAGACAGCGUUACACAAUUGAUAAGUAAAGGGUCGAUUCUAGCUGUUAAUGCUUUCACUGAUGUUUAAAUUAUAGCAAGAAAGUGGUUUAUGGCUUAAUUUAUUUGACCCAUGGCAGGCAAUAGGUUUGUAGUUUUGCAGGAUAGAAAAGCAUAACAACGGUAAUUUAAUGUAAGCCAGAAUCUAUUUACCAGCUAUCAGAGUGCUCUAUGGCUCUAUCGUUAUAAAAUAUUGCCUGAUUACCUAAUAAAUCAACACUAUCAUCUGUUUUUCCAUUUAAACAUUUAUUUACAAGCCAUUAAAUCCCAGCUCUAAGAUACCCAGCACUUACGUGUCAUGCUUACCAGAGUUUGAGGAGAAAGAAGCCUACUGUGUGACUAUAUCCAAACCUUUUAUUUCUGGCCCUGAUCAGUAGAACCUGGAGUGUUACUUUUAGAGCCUCACAUGGGCAGAGCAGCCAGCUGUCUCCAAUAGAAGUGUUAUUUUCUCCAAUUAUAAUCUUUUUUUAUUUUUUCACACAGUGCUUUACUUUCUCCAUCAGUCCAGUUUUGUGAAGCACUUGUCAGCUGCACUUUUACCCUCUGUCCUCACACCUUUCUCUGCUCCUGAAGUGUUCGAUUCAAAUAGAUUUUCUUCAGACCAGGCGAGGGCAACACACAGGAAAGAAAAUAAACAGAUAGGGUCAUUAUUCCCAUCUGCCGUGACGCUAUGGCAACAGUGUCCUCCUGCUCUGAUUGGUGGUAGAUAGGGUUGCCUCUUUACCAUCACCUUUACUCCUGGGAGUGGACUCCAAGUUAUCAGGCCAUUGCCAAGGCUCCUGCCGUCAAUCACCACCUAACAACCAUGGCUAAUGUCCUAUUUCUGCUGCUGCUAAGCUUUAAUUUCCUCUAGACAGUGCGGAGGGAAACCCUGCAUAAUUUGCUCUGCACUGGCCUUUGGUCUGUUUGUUUACACACACAAUUGUGUAUAAAUUCAGUUCAUGAAUGGGGUUUUGAUUGAACUCAGAGAGAGCGGGGAGGAGAAAUGUUUUAUUUUCUAAGUUUUAUUAAUCUAUCCUGAUUAAGAAAUAACACUUUUGACCACCUCAGUCAGUUUUAUGCAAACAGGGCUACCAAAUGUCUGACGUGGAUUUACACCUUACAUGACCUAUCGAAUAAACCCCAUUUAUUGAUAAUUGCAUGUCUUUGAAUUAAUGUAGUCACAUUAAACUGUUCCAGGUGUGAUGAUUAUACUGGCUCACUGUUACAUUUAAAGAAUUCUGGUUGUUUUUCUACUAAGUUUGGUCAAUUAAAAAUGUUUCUUCCCAUAAUGUAUGAAAAAAAAUACAAAAGAAAGACAGCACUGAUGUGAUUCUAUGUUAUUAUUAUCAUUAUUAAAACACUAUUACAUGUAUAUUUAUUAUUUAUUCAGUACAAGAAUCUUCUCUCAAGAGUUUAAAAUUUUAAAAGAGCAAAUAGUAUUGUUAUGUCUUCAAUUAUAUGAUAUUCCCUGAAUCAUUAAAUCAUUCAGGUUGCUCUUUCAUGUACCUGAUAUGUGGGCUGUAAAUGGGGAUAAUGGCAUAUUACUGGCUGUUUAGGAAAGCAGCGUUUCCUCUCACAGGUUCUCACUGCCGUAUAGGAGCAGCCACUUAUUCAGAUGAAACAGCAGCCUGAGCUUAAAAAAUAGUGUACUUCAAAGCAGCUUCAGCGAUGUCUCUGUUUACAGUGUAAGUGCUGGGAGCUGUCACAUGACACUGAAAAAGGUGUAAUCUACCACUGCUUUCUUCUUUAUAAACAUGAUUGGACAUGAUUUUUGUGAGAACUCUGGUUAUCUUUAUUUACUUCUUGAAUAAAGAAGAUUUUUCAGCAAGCAACGGUAUCAAACUCAGAAAAAUUCAGAUUUCUCAGUGCAUUAUCAGUGUUUGUGGUUAUUUGCUGAUCUACCUGUGAUACUACUGACAUCAAAAGUCUUCUUGAUGGAGCCAAUUUCAAUAGUUUUUUUGAAUAGCUUUUUCUUCAAGUGUUUUAAAAUAGUAUACCUGCUUUACAGUAAUGUUUGAAAACUGUUUUUGUGUGCAUAUACACACCUAUGUUAGCUGAAUAAAUGCAAUUUGGGGAGGAAUUUGGGGGUCCUAUAGCCUGGCAUCAGUCUAUUAUUCUAGGGGCAUCAGCAACAGUGCUUCUUUGAAAGCAAUUAUAGAACCUACACCCAAUCAGAUGAAUGCAUCACGUGACAAAGUGCAUGGAGACGUCAUUGUAGACGAAGAGUGGCAAGCAGAAGAAGGACUCGUACCUCUCUAACCAAUGCUCAAGAAUUCUUCCACGUGCUGCCAGGAGAAGCUGAGGAUCAAACCACUGACCCUCUACUUGGAGGGUGGUCCACUCUACCCACUGACCUGGCUAUAGACAUUUUUCACACACAAACACACCGAGUCAAAACUGGAUCAUGCCCAGGUCCUCAAACAUGACAUUUGAAAAAGCUUCACCACUCAAAAGGGAGAAUUUUUUUUACAUUUAUCUUCCCGAAAUUUCAUAACAAGUAGCCGACUGUAUUCUGUGGCACCUCUGCUUUUCUUUACUGGUUACUGAACAUUAGCUUCCACUCAAGCGAACUCACUCAUGUGGAUAAGCCUGAUAAGUGGGUCAUGAAUAAAUAAGCAGUCCAAGUCAAUUCAAUCCAUUAGCUCUAAGCAAUCACACACUUAGUCAGGCAUUUAUCAGAGGUUUGAUUAGACUUUAAGUAUAUUGCUAUUUACUUAUGGUCAUCACUUUCAUACUGUCAUCAAAAGUCUUUCCCAUUAACAUGCAUUUAUUCUGUCUACUGUAGAGUAUUGUCUGCUCAGAACCGUGGACUUAUAUUUGAGUUUCAGCAUCUUAUUGGGUGGUUGUGGCUCAGUAAUAGAAUUGGUAAUCUCUCUAUUGUAGGGUUGAGGGUUCAAUCCCAGGUCCUGCUUUCCACAUGUCAAAGUGUCAAAACAUUUGACCCCAUAGUUGCCCCCAGCAGCCAUGCAAGUGAAUGGGAUUAGUUAAUACCAACGUUUGCAUCAAAUACAGUCUUUUCACCAUGAAAUUCUGCUGUCUUAACUUACCUUGCUUUUGAACAUUUGUCUUUCAGAUCCUGGCCAUCAUCUCCAUCCUCUUCAUUGUGCUAUCUACCAUUGCCUUGUCCCUGAACACCCUCCCAGAGCUCCAGGACACAGAUGAGUUUGGUCAGUCCACAGACAACCCCCAGCUAGCCCAUGUGGAAGCUGUAUGUAUCGCCUGGUUCACCAUGGAGUACCUACUACGUUUCCUCUCUUCACCUAACAAGUGGAAGUUCUUCAAGGGUCCGCUGAAUGUCAUCGACCUGUUGGCCAUCCUGCCAUACUAUGUCACAAUCUUCUUGACAGAAUCUAACAAGAGUGUACUUCAAUUCCAAAACGUCCGUCGAGUGGUCCAGAUUUUUCGGAUCAUGCGUAUCCUUCGUAUCCUGAAGCUGGCCCGUCACUCCACAGGACUUCAGUCUUUGGGCUUCACUCUCAGGAGGAGUUACAAUGAGUUGGGCCUGCUUAUCCUUUUCCUGGCCAUGGGCAUCAUGAUCUUCUCCAGUCUGGUGUUUUUUGCUGAGAAAGACGAGGAGGACACAAAGUUUAAAAGUAUCCCAGCUUCUUUCUGGUGGGCUACAAUUACAAUGACCACAGUAGGCUAUGGAGAUAUCUACCCAAAAACUCUCUUGGGAAAGAUAGUAGGGGGGCUGUGCUGCAUAGCUGGAGUACUGGUGAUUGCCCUACCUAUUCCCAUUAUUGUAAAUAACUUUUCUGAAUUCUACAAGGAGCAGAAGAGGCAGGAAAAAGCACUUAAGCGGAGGGAGGCCCUGGAGAGGGCAAAGAGAAAUGGUAGCAUUGUGUCCAUGAACUUGAAAGAGGCAUUUGCUCGUAGUGCAGAACUGAUGGAUGUGGUGGUAGAAAAGAGUGACAGGCCACAUGAUAACCACUUGUCUCCAAGUCGCUGGAAAUGGACCCCCAAGAGGGCUGCAUCAGAGACGAGCUCAAACCGAUCCUUCAAUGCCCAGGAGUUAGGCUCUCCCAGCAAGGCUAGAGCCACCAGUCCUCAGAGGCUAAAUGUUCAGAAGCUAGAGGAGAUGUACAACCAGAUGGCCAAGACACAGUCCCAACCUAACCUCAAUGCUAAAGAGAGGGGCUCCAGAGUUGGCAAACACAGAGAUGAAAUCGAGCUUGGGGCCAUACAAGAUCAUGGGCCACCUGUGCUAGGAACCAGAGAGGGAGUAGGGGACAUGAAAAGUUUGUCAAGCAUUGACAGCUACAUCAGUUGUGCCACAGACUUCCAGGAGAACCCACGCUUCACUCAUGGUCCAGCAAUGGAUCUUGGUCCUCAGGAAAGCAACCGGUUCUCCCACAGUCCGGCUUCAGGUUUGUCCCUGCAUGGCAGCACAAAAACUGGACAGCAAACUUCUAGGGAAAAUGAGCCCAUGCUGAAUCCUGUGUCUGCUACAAAGCCCUCAUACUCUGAAAACGCACGGAAGUUCUUCUUUUCUGGCAACUCCUCAAAAACCCUUACCCCCAAAGUUAGCUAUCGCAGCGAGGGGGAGUCGGGCUUGUCACCACUCUCGGACAGCUCAGUCUUGUCUGACAACUCUCUCUUAAGCCCUGAAGUUUCUGUCUACACCACUGCCAGCAGCAGAACCCCACCAAAGUCUCCAGAAAGCACUUCCCUUGCACCAACGGUCUUCACCUUCCACGACUCCUCCAUCAGUAAAUACAUAGAUGCAGAUACAGACGAUGAUGAGCACCUGCGUGAUGUCUCUGAUACAAGUCCUUCAGAGCGCCUUUUAACUGGUUCAAGCCCAAAACGGAGCAUUAAUACCAAUUACCAGAAAGGAAUCAACCAUUUAGAGGCAGCCCAAAAAAUGCUGGGCCAGAAUUGCCUGUUCCCUAUCGAAGGUAUUCGUGGGAUGGCCCAUGAGAAUCACGUUGGACCCGAGUUGGGACGUAGGUCAAAGGUUGAGAGAGGACGUCAGAACACUUUGGAUAAAGGCCUCUGAGGUUCAAGACGUGCAGAAAUAAGCAGGAAGCUGGGGCCAGAGUGUGUAAUGGAGAUACUGAACAGACUGUACACACUCGACCACAGCCAAAGACUGGGAGACGGACAAAGGGUCUCCAGGAAACACUUCAAGUUACAACUUACCUGAGCAUGCCAUUGAGCACUACGCUCAAGAGAAACAUGCCUGGUGAAUACUCUGGGAGAAAAAAACUUCUAAAUCGGAGAAUGUCACUGCCCCUCCUUCAACUCAUUCCUACUAGCGGUACUGCACGGCCACAAAAGAAGGCAGCACUCCCAGGUAGCCAGCUGGUCAGCUUAGAGAUCCCGAUGGAAGUAGAGUUACCCAUGAAACUGAGUUGUGGUUAGAAAAGGUGCAGGAAAAGUUAAUGAUGGAUUUAGCAGUGGAUGGUUAUCCCUAUAUCCCCCAGGAAAAUGAUCCCAGCUGCCCGCUAUUUUAUCACAGAAUCCCAGUUCAUUUUGUAGUCUUGGGAGACACAGGAGAGGACCCAGAAGCCUAUAAGCUACUUACUUGUGCCCCCCAUUUCCCUAAACUGGCCUUAGUCAUUUACAUUUGUAGGAGUGUGCAUGUCUGCAUUUAAGUGCGUGUGUGUGCAUGUGUGUGAGUCAGUGUGAAUGUUGGUGGAUGACCAAAUGUGGAUUUAUGUGCGCACAUUAUUGAGAUGGUCUCGCUUGAUUUAUUUUUAUAGAGAUAAGAAGAGGGAGGUCCCUUAAAGUUUGAUUUGCUAGCCGGCUUCUCAUAAUCUCAUAUAAAGUGUAAUUGCAUCAAAAGGGUUCAAUGUCUUGGCACGGUGGCUGCAAUUAGACUGGGGAUCCGAGUACUUAUUUGUUGAAGAUAAUCCUUCAUCUUUAAAGGUAUUUUGCUAUUCCCUGUGUUAUCAUGUUAAGGUGAAAACGAAUGAUACUUCAAAUCAUUUUGAAUAUUGUUUAAACACAGCAUUACCAUUCAAUGAAGACCACAGGGGGACCAAGAACUUUUGAUACAGGCUAACACAGCAACCAACAAGCUGGAUUGCUGCAUAAAGUGAAAAUAAUGAGGCGUGCAUGCAACCAACCUGUCAACAUACAAAAACAUGUAACUCUAAAAAGAGAAUAUUUAAAUAUUCUCUCUUAUAACUUUUAUGUCUACUGUGAGAUACUGCAUAAAUAAAUAGUUUUUACAUUUUAGCUCAGUAUUCAUCUGUCAUCAUUAAACUAAUAUGAGAGCAGCCAAAGAGACCUCACUCUCGAUAGUGGAAUAUGCAUGUAUUUGGUAUUGAAAGCAGGGUAGUUUCUCAUCUCUUCUUUGCUCCUUUUACGUUACAACAGCACUGAAUUCACUCAUCUACCACAAUUAAGUUGUACAUGCCUAAAUUGAAACCAUGCAUGAGCACACAUACGCACUCACUUAAGAUACACGCAGGUAAGGGAAGACUAUCUUCAGGCUACAUAUACACUUAGUUUCCAUGGAGACUGCAGCUUUUCUCAAGGGCUGGCAGCAGCUAAGCAACCAUUUGUUGAUUUGGGCGUAAAGGUCUGGUUGUAUGUAAGUUAAACACAUAUACAAGAACACACAGACACAUACACUAGCAUGUACCCAUACAGUGACAGGUAUGCACAAUAGUCACAUGUUAGCAGAGCCACUUCUCACUGUGCAUAUUUAUGAAUACUGUGUAAAAGCAACAAUAUGAUGAUGUAAAGACCUUGUACAUUACGUUUCUGUCUAAACUUUCUGUAGCAUUUCAUAAACACUAUUCCGCAAUUCUCAUCAUGCAUUCACUAUUAUCUGUUUACAUAAGCACUUAGCAGAUGAAACAGUCUUGCAUAACAAAUUAGCUUCAGUAUUAAAAGAACAUAUUACAAGACUGACCAGAUGCUUCACACAGAAUAUAGAAGAGAGACAGAAGUGUUGCAUCACCUGGGGAAGCAUAAAAGAACAGCUCUUUAUGAUAAACCCAACCUUGAAAAAGUAUAACCCUAUAAUAAGAAAAAAACAUACAUUUGUAAGAGGACUUAACAUACUAUUUACUGUUCCUUCUGUAGAACCUUAAUAUAAACCUAAAACAUCUAAAGGUUCAAUCUGUCUGUUUUAAAAUUGAAGAGUAACAAAGAGAAACAUCCUCGCCAUUGCAAGUAAACAAAUUGUUCAAGAAAAUUGGCCAAAUUGCAAAAUCCUCUGAUGAUAAAGUAUGCAUUCUGUAAGAUUCAAGAGCAAAAAAGAGGUGAUCGGCAUACAUAUUUUAGUGUUUGAGAGUCACACAAACCCUUAUUUCAUUUCCUGUUUUUAAUCAGAGAGUUGAAGCUUUUCAUAUUGCUCCUCCAUAGUGAGAGCAGCAGAGGUGUGAAAGGAAUAGCAAUGACUGAGAGGCAGAGAGAGCUGUGCGUGUAACUGUACGUGUGUGUGUAUGUGUGUGUGCUGUAAAUCCAGGGCAUUAGAGCAGUGUGACUGCCGCUAAAUGGAGAAAAAAUGAACAGUUUCAGAUAUGAAUGUAUGCAUGUCGGGGGGAUUCCUGCUUUUGUUUGUUCCAUAUUCUAUCUGCUGUUCUGAGUUUGAUAUGAAGCAGUAAUACAGCCCAUAACAUCGAUGGGGGCUCUAAUCGUACAAGAAAACAACACUUUUGCACACGUUAAAUAUUUGAAUUUGCAGCUUUUUUGAAAGCUGUGAGGCGAGGGAUGGAAGAAGUGUUUUCUGUAUGUUUUUCAGCACGCAUAAUUAGACACGGACGGGUGGAUGGAGCUGGUGACUAAUUUUAUGCAGCAUCAUAAUCUCUGCUCCUAAAUACAUUAUCUUUUGUAUUCUGCAUUCAUGUGUCAUUUCUUAUCAUUUACCUCUGUUGCACAUGUACAGCAGGGGGAAAAAAAGCACAGUAAAACAGAUUUGAGGCAUAAACAGGGCAUCAUCAUGGAGGGACGGCUCCCCUUCCCCUCACUAUCCACAUCAAUUCAUAAACAUAUGUGGAUGUAGAGGAAAACACACUACCAGAAACAUUGUGUCCCAGUUUGUGAAUUGCUACUUGAAUUUGUCUUUUCCACAAUCAAAUUGUACAAACCUCCAUGUCAAUACAAGGGGAAAAUGACACAGAUUAGUUCAUACAAAGAAAGCUAUACAAAGAAGAGACAGCAUGGUCCAUUAGAAUUUAUCUUUUUGUGUUUUUGCCUGGACAACAUCAUUCCCUAGAGGAAAAAACAUCUGGUUCCUAGGCAACCAGUAUGGUGUUGGAUCUUGAUUAACUUUGAAUUGCACAUUUAUCUUUAUCAGCAAUGACAAACAUUUCAAAAUCUUUUCCCUCAAAGGCACUGUGAGGAACUUUAAUGUUUUGUUGAUACUGUUUUGGAUGGUAUGAGUAGCAGUUUCUUCUAGAUGGAGACCGCGUUUCCCAUGAGCACUGUCACCCACUGUCAUAGAGUAGCUCUUGCCGAAAUGUGUGUAAACAAACUAAUGGAAUACUUUUGCUGCGUUCGAGUUACCUUGGAAGUCAGACGUUGGAGCUGGGAAUGACGUCACACCCGAGUUACCAAGUCGGAAAAAAGUGAAAUCGGAGGCGGAAACAAGAUGGCUACAUCUACCAAAGUUAUUUUAGCACUUAAUACAACAAGGACAAGGCAAGCACUAAAAUGACAAAUAACUUUUGUAGAUGUAGCCAUCUUGUUUCCGCCUCCAAUUUCGCUUUUUUCUGACUUGGUCACUAAAAUGCUUGUAACUCGGGUUUGACGUCAUUCCCAGCUCCAACAUUUAACUUCGGAGGUAACUCGAAGGCAGCAUAAUUAUCUUUGAUCAAGACCACUUUUGCAGGAUGAAAAGUGAUGAGGCUGUCAUUAACUUUAAACUGACGAUGAGAAAACUGUCAGGGCUUGACACUAACUUUUUUCACGAGGGUCACAUGUGCUCCUGAGUUGAAAAAGUAAGGAGCACACAAAGAACUUUAGGGGCACAAUGAAAAUUGAUCAAAUAAUGUUUGCCUUAUUGUCCGACCUUAGUACUAUUAUUUGAAAUCAAUUUUAGGUCAAAUGGUCACAGGACAUGGAAGCUAUUGAAGGAAAACAGUCUUUUCUGAUUAACAUCAACUGGUAAUUUAUUGAUAGUCCCUUAUUAAACACCCGACGUUGACAGCGAGGGUGCAGAGUAGAUUUUACCGCACUGCUGUUGCUAUUCCCGGUUAUGGAGAGUGAGAAGACACCAGUAGAUCUGCAGUCAACGUCCGUCAGAUAUCCAACCUGAAACUAACUUCACUGCGGUAUUUACAUGAAAAAACAUUUGUUGACUCUGCCAAUUUUUUUAUGCGCCAUACCAAUAUAAUGUUCCCCAUCACAGCCUGUGACCCAAUAAAUGUCCAAAUCAUUAAAACAUGCACAUGGUUUUGCUCUUUUACCCCCAAAAGGUGGUGAAGCAGUAAAUCUUGGUUGUAGCCACUUUUCUGUUCCACCUCUCACUCGCCCUGUUUGUAGAGUUUCUCUCACACAACAACACAAUAGGAGACAUAUGUCUUUUUACUAACCCUGGCCAAGCAGCAGCCAUGAGUACAAAACCUUACAUAAAAAAAAGUUAUCUGAUGGAAAAAAAACAAACAAUCCCCCUGCUGCUGCCAACUUACUCCUCACUGCCAAACUUUACAAGUGGAGUCCUAAACAUAGACCCUUCCAGGUGAGUGCUGAAUAUGGACUUCACUUGUUUUCAUGGAAAAAGCAACUCAAACACAGGCUCUAAAAUUUGAAACUAUCAGUACAAGAGUGUGACAAUUUCAAAACCAGCUGAAAUCUCCUCACAGUGCCUUUAAGUACUUUUUAUGUCCUCUGAGACUUUUUGAAGCUCUAAAAAAACUUCUUAUAAUACAGACUAGCAUGGAUUGAUUUGAAAAAAAUGUGAUUAAGUUUUAUUUUCCAUUGACACAACUCCUUAUAAUUUAGGUUUUAUAUAUAUCAUGGUAGUCAGGGACCACUUUUCACUGAAAUAUCUCUCAGCAACAAUGACAAUCAAUAUUCCAUGAAAAGGCAGCAGGCGCUACUGUGGAAAACCGAGAUUUACUACUGGGCAGAUACAGCAUAAAAAUACAAGUAUUAAAAUCUCUAUAUCAGUAAUGAUACUCUUAAACUAAAGGACAAUAUAUUUCAAAGGAACAUGAAGCAUGGAUUUGGGAUUUGAUACCUAGACUGAUACUGUGACGUGAUCCCACCAUAACUCAAAAAUAUUGAAUAUUCUUACAAGUUUUCCUUAUUUUUAUGUCAUCUUGGCACAUUUUUCACCUUCAUUUCAAAGUGAGCCAUUUAAAUUAACAACAUUAAAUAGAAAAAAAAAUAUUUAAUUUAUUUUACUGAGAAGAGGAACAGUGGUUUCUUUCACUCCCUCUUUAUUAAUCCAAUAACGAGCACAGAUUCUGAAAUCUUUAUUUGACGAGACCCCCAAAUGUACAGUUAACGCAUUUAGCUGAAACCUAAAAUAGAAUUUAGUUGCCGUGCUAGCUGCUAAAUUUACCUUUGAAGAGGUUGAGGUCUUUUUAUUUUUGCUCUAACCUCACAGGACCCUCUUUAAGUUAGUGCCCAAACCCCAGUGAGCAGCACUGCUUGAGUGCGCAGUCCUUUCAAGUUCUCUGACUCUUUUAUUGUAUUACAGGGUUGGGGUCCAUUCGGGAUGCCUUGAUGGAGUAAAAUCACAUCACCAUACACUAUGAAAGGAAGAAGUAUUACAGCAUGAGAUGAAUUAAAACCUAAUAGCACCCAUUCAAAACAAAUUCUAUUUUUUCUACCUUUAAGCUCUCAGUGGAAUCGACCCCAACCUUGCCUAAGCCAUCAGUCUUUGUAAAGUAUACAGUUUCCAGGGAAUUGAAAAAAAGAUAUUUGAAUGACCUUAGCCAGCUCUUAUACAAUGUUGUUUGUAGGUCCCGAGGCUGUCUGUUUUGUAUAAAAAAGAAAAAAAAACAAAAUUUUUACCUGUUGACUUUCUAUGCUGUUGUUUCUGUAUCAAUGUUCUGUUGUUCAGUGCAUGUUGUAACUUUGGCAUUGUGACUGGUCGUGAUUCACACCAGUAGAGCCAGUUCUUGUCAUGUAAAAAGAAAAAAGAAAAGUGUCUCAAUGUCCCAAGAUAUUUCUAUUUCUUAUGAAAGCAAAAUUUCCCUUGGAUGACUCAAAUUAAAUAAAUCAGAUCACUUUACAUUUUAA